AUGGCUUUCCUUGUCACAGCCUGGCGCACUGUAGUGGCACUCGUUACACUGCUCUGUGCCACCGCCCACGCGGACCUGGUCGACGUUCGCGUCGUCUCCGAUACCGGCUCGACUUUUACCUUUGAAAACGCCUUUACGGUGCUUGACGAUGGUAACAUCACGGCCGUCAAUCCGCCAUUUGGCCAGGCAGGAACCCGCGUGACGAUACAGGGCCACAAGUUUCUGGGUGGAGGCACUUCCAUUGACCACGCCUCCCUUGGUGGCGUUGAAGCCUCCGUCAUCUUUGGCAACGAUACAUUGGUCAUUGUUGAAGCUCUGCGCAACGAAAGUUUUGACGGAACAGGCGCGAUCGUUCUCACAGCCAAUACCGGAGCACGUACUGUCGGUCUUGACCAGUUUGCUUACCGCCGUGAAGGCAGCAUUGACACAAUCGAGCCUGCUCAAGGCCAACAUGGCACUUAUGUGACCAUUCGCGGAUCCAGCUUGCUCGGGCAUGGUACUGAGCUGACCACGGUCAACCUGGGCGGUGUCCCGGCCGAGAUCGUCUCAGCAUCAGACUCAGAAGUGCUUGUUCGUGCUCAAACAGCUCCGACCUCGGUCAACUUCACGCUGGUCGAACUCAUUGCCGACACGCACGCCCGUGUGGCCAAGGCCGAGGGCUUUCGCUAUUUGCCCGAGGGGUUCAUUGCAUCCAUCACACCAUACAGCGGCCAAUGGGGCACCUUUGUAACGCUGCGUGGUGUCUCGCUUUUGGGUCACGGUGCUGCCCUGCAUGCCGUACGCUUUGGCCCCAUUCAUGCCAUUCCUGUCAAUGUGUCCAAUGAGGAGAUUGUUGUGCGCGCGAGCCCUCCAACUCACCUCGGUUCCAAUCUGGCAUUGGGGGGCUUCCCUGAAGCCGUGGUUAUCGAAGCCGACACUGGCGCUCUGGUGGCCAACCUGUCCAACGCUUCCUUCACCUACGGUCCGCCAAGCAACAUCUCUAGUCUCUCCGUCAUGGAGGGUCAGCUUGGUACCCGUCUCCAGGUUCAGGGCGAGCGCCUCUUUGGUCGCGGCAGCACCAUUGUCAGCGUGCGAUUGGGAGACACGCCGGCCGAGAUUGUCAAUGCCUCUUCAACGAGCAUCCAUCUCCGUGCCGCAGCUGGUCCACUCAACGGAUCGCCCAACCUCAACGUCACGGUGGAGUCUGACACGGGCGCACUUGCGCUACUCCGCACCGUGUGGUCCUAUCUCCCUCAGUCUCGCGUCGUGACAAAUUCGCCGACGCAGGGCCAGCACAAGACACGGGUCUUCAUCAAUGGGCAAUAUCUCUUUGGCGGUGGCUCACGCAUUGCUGCCGUUCAUUUGGCUGGCGUUCCCGCCACCGUGGUUGUUCAACUCGACAGCCUUGUCGUAGUGGAAGCUGGCUUUACAACACAAGUGGGCUUGGGUGAUGUGGUGAUUGAAGCUGACACUGGCGCUCAAACAGUCAUCCCAAAUGGGUGGCGCUACGUUGAGCCCAGCAACAUCUCAGUGGUUACCCCCACCUCAGGUCGCGAAGGCACUCGAGUGGUCAUCCAUGGAGAGCAUCUUCUCAACGGCGGCGACUACAUCGAGAGCGUUACCGUAGCUGGCUUUCCCACAACUUUGCUCAAUGCGUCCGAUUCUGAAGUGCACGUCGUGCUUCGUGCCGGUUCACAAGGUCCCGGUGACGUCAUCCUGCGUGCCAAUACCGGGGCCGAGGCCAUUGCCGUCGAUGGCUUUGCCUACACCCACCCAGGUCUCAUUACAGGAGUCGCACCCUCCGUCGGUGUGAUGGGCACUCGUGUCACGCUUAGCGGUCGAGAUCUGCUGGGCGGUGGUGCAAGUCUCGCCGCCGUCACGCUGGCGGGCGUGCCCGUGGCUAACGUGCGCUUUGCCAACGAAUCACUCGUGAUUCUGACAGCCAGUGGUCAUGCAGUCGCAACCGCCCCUGGCAUUGUCGAGCUGGUGGCCUCGUCCGGUGCCACACACACCACGUACAACGCCUUCCGCUACGCCUCCCCGCCUGUCGUCACCGCUUUCGAGCCUUCCCAGGGGUUUCGCGGCACCAUCAUCACUGUCACCGGAAGCAAUCUCUUGGCCAGUGGUGCGGCCAUCCAGUCCGCCACGGUUCCGGGGGCAACCAAUCUGACCGUGAUUUCGGCCAGCUCUAACCGCCUCGAAUUGCGCGUCCCCCCCGAGCACGACGUGUCUGCUGCCGCGGGUCCCAUUGCCGUUGUGGCUGACACCUUUGGCGCCUAUGCUUCAGAGUUCAACUUCACCUUCCUACCACCGAUGGCCAUCACUCAGGUGACGCCCACCGCGGGUAAAGUUCGCGACAUUGUGGUUAUCCAGGGCGAGCGUUUGCUCGGCGGCGGUAACGUGUCCCUCGUCGAGGUGGCCGGCCGCCCUGUGCUUGUUUUGAACGCGUCGGACGAUGCCAUUACUGUACAGCUGACACUUAAUGAGCCACAGACAGGUGACGUUGUGGUGCAUUCCACCACUGGCGCGCUAACGUCGGCCUCAGAUGCCUUCACAUAUGCCGCCGUCAACAAAGCUCCCGUGCUGGUCAUUGCCAACGCCAGCACUCCUGAAGACACACCACUGGCGUUGCUGAAUCUUUCAGUGUCCGAUGCCGACCUGGCCGAUUCAGCUGGGCGCCUCUCGCUUACGCUCAACGUGGACGCUGGCCAGUUUGUGUUUGACGCCAACGCUGUUGGACCCAUGCUACAACUCAACGGAACUGUUCCCGAGCUCACUGCGUGGCUCACUGAUCUCAUCUUUGUGCCCGCACCGAACAUGUUCGGUCCCGUGCAUCUUGUUAUUGCUGCCAACGAUAAUGGUCACACGGGCAGCCCCGGCCCUCGUGAGACCAUGGCCGCGGCUGUGAUCCAGGUCACACCUGUGAAUGAUCCGCCAAUGCUGCCCAACACUGUGAUCCAGCUACCAGCCGUGGCGGAGGACACGGCCGCCAACGACAUUGCUGGUAUAUUCGUCAGCCAGCUCGUGGCUUUGGCGACGGAUGUGGACUCCUCGCCCCUGGGCGUGGGGUUGACAGGUCAGACCGGGCAAACCGGCGGCCUGUGGCAGUAUCAGCUGGACGCUUCAAAUUGGACCGCCCUGGGCAAUCUGUCUGACAGCUCGGCCUUGCUCUUGCCUGGCCGCGCGCUGAUGCGCUUUGUGCCUGGGCCCAACUUCAACGGCGAGGUUGAGCUUGCCUUUCGCGCCUGGGAUGGCUCUGCUUACGCAGAGUUGGCGCGGACCUCCAUCGAGUUUUCGCCGAGUGGCUCUGUCAGUGCCAAUGUCACCAGGGCACGGUUGGUGGUUGAGAGCGUCAACGACGUGCCAGUCGUCACGUCUGCAGUGACGCAAGGUACUUUUGGGGGUACUUUCCCCGUUGUGUUCUUGGAAGGCGGUGGCGCCACUCAGGUGUUGCCGCCCGACUUGCUGAUCGAGGAUGCCGACCAUGCUGCCCUGGCCUCGGCGCAAAUUAUUCUCUCUGGGGCAAGGGAUGGCAAUGAUGAACUUGUUACACUCGAUGCCGUUGCCCUUGGCAUCAGAGGUCUACAGGUUAUUUCUGAUUUGAAUGGCUCGCAGCUCACUGUCACCGUGCGACCUCGCACCGGUGUCGCGGUGAGCAUCUCCUCUCUAACAGAGGCAUUGCUGACAGCCCAAUACCGCAAUCAAGCCGAUGAGCCCACGCUGGGCGCUCGCCUGCUGCAGCUCGUUGUGUUUGACGGCUUGGAUUGGAGUCAGCCACUUUAUUCCGAGGUGACCAUCACACCCAUCAAUGACCACGCCCCCGUGCUUGCCUUGUCUCCAACCGCACCACGCGUUGCGGUUGUCGAGGAUACGGGACCGCUGGCCAUAUUUGAUUCUGCCUCCACUGGUGUCUCUAUCAACGUUUCGGAUGCCGACCACACGGGUUUCCUGCUCCAGGCCGCCGCCGUCGAAGUGCGCAGCACUUCGUCUACUGCGCUCGAUGAAGUGGUCCUGCUCGUCAAUGCGACGGGCACAAAUCUCAGCUAUUCUUAUGAUGCCGGUAAUCACACCCUGCGCGUGACAGGUGCUGCCUAUCCCGAAGUCUAUGCCCAGGUAUUGCGUUCGCUCACCUACAACGAUGGCGCUUCCGAGCCCGUGGAUGUGGCCCGAUCUCUCCACAUUCAGGUCUGGGAUGAGAGUUAUGCCUCCAAUAGCGUUGUAAUUGCCGUCGACGUGACCCUCAUCAAUGACCAAGCCCCCGAAGUCUACCUCGGCCCCGGUGGCGUUGUCAACUUUUCCACCACCUUUCAAGAAUCGGGCACGGCUGUGCCACUCGUAGCGCUCGAUGCUGCGGUGGUUGAUCAUGACUCGGGCUCGUUCUCUCUCACCGGGCUCCAUGCGACCAUCCUCAACGGGGUUGAUGGCGUCCUGGAGCAGCUUGCCGCCACAGGCUCGGCAAACAUCUCGGUCAGCUAUGAUGCGGCAACUUACGUGCUGACUGCCUCUGGCCAUGCGACCGCGGCCGAAUAUACCUCAGUUCUUCGCAGUCUGAGCUACACCAACCUUGCAGACCGACCUUCUGAUGCCAGCGGGCGUUUGAUUCAGGUGCAGGCUUUUGAUGAAGCCUUUACAAGCAGUCCAGCUGCCGUGAACCUCAGCAUCAUCUUCAUCAAUGACCCACCACAGAUUUUCGUCGGACCUCCUCCAAGUGUUGAGAUCGAGGGCCUGUACGUGGAGGGCGACAAUGGCACCCUUAUUUUUCCAAACGGUUCCUUGACCAUCACGGAUGAAGAUCAUCUGAUGCUUACCAACGCGACUCUACGCCUCAUCAACGCGCCCGACUUUGAGGCGGAGACGAUUGAGCUUGAUGUUCUAGACACGGGCUUGAUGUACGUUUACGAAGCCCUUGUCAAUCACAAUCGUGGGCCGGGCGAAGGUCGCGUUGCCGCACACGCCACAUUGCGCGUACCCGGUGUUGCGCCGAGUUCUUGGCGCAGCAGUGCUGAGGCCCAAGCUACCUGGGCUGCGGUUUGGAGCGAGCUUUUGGGAGCUCGGUUGGGUGUGACAUCAGCAUCGAUCGAGGUCACCAACGCCACAGCAACGGCGGAUGUCAAUUCCAGCGCGAGUGAACCCAUUACUGCGUUGUCAUUCGUGCUGGUUGUCCCCGAUAAUUUUACGUCUCAGCUUGCGGCUGACGUGUCAACAAUCGUGGCUUCGGGCGAUUUGCUCACCCUUUUGCAAAGCCGCAGUGGUGCAUAUUACUACGCCACAAACGUGUCGUUUGCCGCAGAGCCUGUGAUCCAAGAGUUUGAUGUUGUGGAAUUUUUUGGGGUGGCUCACCUUACAGGUAGUGCUUCGCUCGAGGACUAUCGACGGGUUUUACAGACAGCACGUUAUCGCAACGCUGUUGCGCGACCCGGGUUACCGGACGGCCGUCCUCGUCAGUUUGAAUUGCGCGUGUCCGACGGUGCGCUGGAGAGCAAUGCGGCACACUCGAUGCUGCUGUUCCAGCGCGUAAAUGAUGGCCCCUUCUUCCGGCUACGGGCGCCCAAUGGUCAGCCCUUUACGGCAACCUUCCGCGAGGAAUCUAGUGGCGUACAUGUUGUCUUGGGCAACGCCUCGGUCCUGGACGCGGACAAUACAACCUUGGUCGCACUGACCAUAACGCUUUUGGGGGCACCUGAUGGUGCUGCCGAGGGCCUCCGAGUGAACGCGUCUGGCCUCGACAUCACGUCUAGCGGUGCGGGCCACGUACUCAACUUGACUGGUCGAGCGUCGUUGGCGCAAUACACCGAGGCAUUGCGGCGCAUCGAGUAUUUCAACGAGGCCGACGAGCCGGUUGACGUAGUGCGGCAAUUGCAUUAUAUUGCCGACGAUGCCUUGACUCGGGGCCUCGCUGCCAGUAGCUUUGUGCGUAUUCAGUUUGUCAACGAUCCGCCCCGUUUGAGCCUGGGCACCGACCCUUCCGGCAAUUACUCAACAUCUUAUGAGGAACAAGCCCUCAACGUCGCUGUGGCGGGUCCUGGCGCGCUGAUUGAAGAUGACGAUGAUGCGCGUCUGUCGCGAGCCAUUGUCACACUGCUGAAUCCACUCGAUGGCUCGGACGAGUUUCUCUAUGCGGCGGGCACGGCUCUGUCGGGUCUAUCCAUCUCGGGCAACAGGAGCACCGAGGUACUUUUGUCUGGCAACGGCACCCUUGCCGACUGGACCCUAGCUUUGCAGUCUGUAUUUUACGUUCAUUCGUCCAACAAUCCCACAGUGACUGCAUCACGCAUCGUGAAGGUGGUGAUUUGUGAUGCUUCAACUAUUGCCGAGGCCGCGGCUCCCUCGGAACCGCGUUUCGCUCACUUGGACAUUCAGCCCAUCAACGACGCCCCCUUUGUCAGGAGUCCAUUGGCUGAGAGCAGCGGCGCCACCAUCUUCUUUGAGGGUCGCGGGCCUGUGUUCAUCGCCGAGGACUUGUCGGUUCAUGAUGAUGACAGCUUGAUGCUCACCGAGGCCACAGCUGUACUGCUCAAUCCAGUUGACCGCGAUGUGGUACAGCCAGAGUUGCUGGCCGUGAACACCACCGGCAGCGGUCUCGCUUUCUCAUACAGCGUCAACGGUCUUCUGCGCCUCAGCGGGCCUGGCAGCACGGCAACCUACACGUCCGUUCUGUCCACGCUGACUUAUGAAAAUACGGACGCCAAUCCCUCUCAUGUCCAGCGCCUGGUCGAGGUCCAGGUCUCGGACGGCGCGUUGAACUCGAUGGCCCUUCAACUGCGCGUCAACAUUUCAAGUCGCAACGAUGCGCCAGUCAUCGAUCUCAAUGGCGCAGACGCGGUGGGUCUGGAUCAUGCUACAGUGCAUCUGCAGGGUAGCUCGGGCGUGCCUCUGAUGAAUGCGGCGACCACUCUCUUGUACGAUCCAGAGGAGGAUUUGUUGGAGCGCGUGGAUGUGCAAAUCGAUCCGCUUCUGGAUCAACCAGCAGAGUGGCUAGUCAUGACGUACGAGGAACCCUCGGUUGGAAUCAUGCUGGCUGACCGCAUGGCUGUUAACACUCCCAUCACGUCAAGCUGCGGCGUGCAAGGUCACUGCGUCAAGGCCACUCUCUCCCUCCCGGCCGGCGCCGGCGAAACGGUCGCUGAUGUGGCCGUACACAUGGUUAUUGAGCACCCCAACUUGAAUGACCUGGUGGUGUAUCUGGUUCACGAGGCCCGGCGGAUUACCCUGCUGUCCAACGUCAUUGAUCCGUCGCAGACAGGGGUCAAUCGUUUCUGCUCUGCCGCCAACUAUCAAAGCGUUGUCUUGACCGACGAUGCUGCAACGGCCAUUCAGACCACAUGUGCCAACAAUCUUCGCGGUGCUUUCCUACCGCUCAACAAUUUGGCGCAAUAUGCUGGGCUUUUGGCUGGCGGAGAUUGGACUCUGGAGGUGUACGACACCAACACGGGAUUCUCGGUUGGAACGUUCGUGUCGUGGGGGAUUGUCGUUGCCACGGGCUCUCGCACGACGUAUACCCAGCAAGCUACGCCAUUUUCUGCUAGCGAAAGCCCCAUGGAAUUGAUCUUCAACGUGGUCGAAACGGGUCUGGUUGAGGACUUGGACAUUUUUGUCCAGCUUAGCACCGAUGACGCACAUGGCAUGGUUCUCGAAUUGGAGAGUCCCAGAGGGGUGAUUGUGCCGCUGUGGGCUGCUGUUGACAACUGUGGCCUCGACGCGACAGCUCUUUAUUUCGAUAGUGCUGGCGUGCAUGACAAUGCGUCGGUCUGUUUGCAUGGCGCUAGAGCCUUGCUGGACGUUGGGUUUGGAGCAGCGCUGGUGAGUGAGCAGGUGGCAACUGGUGCUUGGACCCUUCGGUUGACGACUGCGGCUGCCGGUACCCUGGAUCUGGCGCAACUCAGAUUCAAACUACGUCCCAACAUUGAGUCUAGUUUCUCGCCCGCGACGGGCCUGCUGUCUUUGACGGGGCGUGACACGGCUGCAGCCUACCUUCUGCUGCUUUCUUCCUUGGUAUAUGUAAACAAUCAAACAGUACCAACCGAUGUCACACGCAACAUCAGCAUCGUGGCCACCGAUGCCAGCAACAGCUCUGCACCAGCCAUUGCCUUUGUUAGCAUGCACAAUGCUCCCCUGCUUUUCCUAAAUGGCACUGGCUUGGGUGGUCAGCGCGAUCGUUUUUUGACGUAUUCGGAGGACGUCGGCCCUGCUUCUUUGCUAUCCUCAAAUAGCUUGUAUGGCUACGCUGACGAUCUCAUCCAGAGCGCCACGGUGCGCAUCGAGAAUGCCUUUGACGCCACCAAUGAAUCUGUGGCUCUCGAUGCAACCACUACUGGGGGCGCCGUGUCCGUCACCGGGAGCGGAUCGCACAGCAUGCUUGCGUCAGGCGUGGCACCCAUCACGACCUACCUGGCCCUGCUAGCCUCAUUGAAAUAUGAUAACGUUGCGCAGAACAUGACAGGCACUGAGCGUCUCAUCUCAGUCGAACUGAACGAUGCUGCGGGUCUCCCCUCCAUUCAAGCUUUUAUUCGUGUGAGCAUGGUGCCCGUCAACGACCGACCCCACAUCUUGGAUCCGCGGUUGCUUGGGGCAGGGCCUCGGGUUUCCUGGACCGAGAAUGCAAACGCCACCGCGCUAGCUCCUCAGGCAGCGAUUUUUGAUGAGGAUGACACUGCGUUUUCGCGCAUUGUUGUCAGCAUUAUGCCCCCGCUGGAUGGGUCGGCCGAGGUGCUCACGUUUCUAAACGGAGCUGGUAUCGUGGCCAGCAACACCUCACUCGUUGGAGAUGCACUUGUUUAUGACUACGACGUCACAGGCAUGGCCACCACUCACGAGUCAGCCUCGGAGCUGAUUCAGGCCUUGGCUUACCAUAACGCGGCAGAUGAGCCAACUGCAGGCUCGCGGAACGUUACGAUCGUGGUCUACGACGCCCAGGGAUUGGCAAGCGCACCGCUUCACAUUUCAAUCGCUGUUUCACUCGUCAACGACAAUGCGCCUGUGCUCGCACUGACGCAAUCGGUCGUUGAGUUGGUGGAGGAUUCGGGUGUUGUAAGUGUGCUCGCAGGCUCACUGGCAGCCACGGAUGCGGACGUGCACGAUCUUUUCCCUAUGACUGCAGCUACAGCUGUUCUGAGUAGCCCGGAUGCCGCAUUUGAGCGUCUUGUUGUCAACGCGUCUGCAGGAGCCCCUUCACUCGCUCUGAUGUACGACAACAAUACACACACACUCUCAAUUCAGGGCCAAGCUGAGCUUGAGGUAUACGAAGCCCUGCUCAACACGCUCACGCUAGUUUCGAUGAUUGAGGAGCCGUCGCCUACAAACCGUACCGUGGCUAUUACCCUCACUGAUCAGGCUCACGUCAGCAACCUAGUUCAGGUGGUUGUUACCGUCCGCCUGAUCAAUGAUCAAGCCCCCAAGCUAGAUCUCAAUCCCGUGUCAAAUUCCAGCGAUGGCUCGGUCACUUUUAUUGAGGAGGGCACUGCUGUUGAUGUACUGCCUGGUGGCACACGUCUCACUGAUGCGGACAGCGGUGAGCCUGGGCAGUAUCCACGCCUGCUACAUCGUGUCGUGUGUCAGCUUGCUGCUCUUGAUGGUGCGUCGGAAGGGCUGAUCGCCGGUAACCACACCGGCAGUGUGGCCAUAGCGGCUGGCAACAAUUCUCACGAGAUUAUCUGGGAGGGACCAGCCAUGCCGGCGCAGUUUGAGCCAGCCUUGUCGACCAUGGCGUACUUCAAUUAUGCUGAUGAGCCCGCCUAUCCCCGGAUGCGCACCAUCAAUUGUACCGCUUUCGAUGCCUCUCUGGCCUCGGAGCCUGCUUUUGUGACUGUAACCAUACAAUCGGUCAACGACGCCCCACAGCUGGACUUGGAUCCCCUAAAUACAGGCAUUCACAAGUACAGCCAAUACGCUGAGGGCGGGGGUCCUAUGCUACUCCUUGUUGAUGGGGUCACGCUUGUCGAUGACGACGACCUCACCUUGACAUCGGCGUGGGUGCGCCUGCUCAACGCCCCCGAUGGAUCGGAGGAGAUGAUUUGGAUAAAUGAGACUGCGACUGUCAGCGUGCACCCCUAUCAUCACGGGCUCGUGUUAUCUGGCAAUGCAAGCUUGACGGAGUAUGCCAAUGCGCUGGGGACUCUCGGAUACACUCACACCAACGCGCAUCCCGGAAAUCCUAGUGCGGGGGUACGUGAAGUACACGUGGCUGUCUCUGAUGGUCGCCUCAACGCCUCUACAGCUGUCAUCUUUCUCGACUUUGAUACGGUCAAUGACCCCCCUAUUGUGGAUCUCAGCCCGGGGGAUGAGACAUUUGACUUUGCCACCUCAUUCAUCGAGGAAGGUAGCCCAAUUGCCAUUGCAGCGGCCGAUGCGACCGUCAUGGACAUUGACAGCCCGCUGUUGCAACGUAUCGAGUUUGUCAUCACCAACGGCGCUGAUGGGAAUCUGGAGGGCUUUGACACCGAUAACGCGACGCUGCUGUCUGAAUUGGAGGCGCUCAACUUUACCAUAGACUAUAAUGAGGCCUCCUACACGCUCACCCUGCAAGGUGAAGCAACGCCGGUCAAGUUUUCCAGCAUUUUGCGCUCAGUGCGCUACUUUAAUCUUGCAGACGAACCCAACUUUUCGACUCGUGCCGUGGAAAUCCAAGUCACUGAUGUGCUUAAUGCGACAUCCGUCUCACGUUACGCCAUGAUUGAGAUGGUGUCGGUGAAUGAUGCCCCACGCUUGACCACUGCUAGUGUCAAUCCUUCGAGCUUUGUGGAAGACGCUGGUCCCAUUACUUUGUUUACAGCUGGAGUUGUUGCCCAGGACGAUGAUGGAGACACCUAUACGGUGAUCAGCAUUGCGUUGAGCCCUUUGCUCGACAGCGAUCUACACGAGGUGCUCUCGAUUAAUAAUAUGACAAGCCAGGGCCAGAGUGACGCACUAAGCUUGACGCUGACAGGUGCGCGAUCGGGAGCGGAGGUUGAAGCCUUACUUGCCAGUCUGCAAUACGUUAAUUUGGCAAACGCUCCUCAUGAGGCUCCGCGCCACGUAAGCGUUCGCGUCAUGGACGAGUUUGGAGCUUGGUCCAACGCCCUGAACGUUUCAUUCACUGUUGUGGCCAGCAACGAUGCUCCCUUGCUUGUUGCCACAAAUAUCUCCUUGCCUGCUGUUGAUGAGGAUGGUCAAGUUGUGAAUGCUGAUUCGAACACCCUUUGUCUCCCUCUCAUCACCGAGCCAGACCUGCAGCCUCUGCGCGGUGUGGCCAUUGUUGCUGCUGAUACAGCAAACGGGGCUUGGUAUGCGACUCUCAGCAACUCUAGCAGUUUGCUCAUCGAGAACGUUGGCGAGACAAAUGCCCUCCUCAUACCCUUGAAGUCACACAACGUGACUGUGCAAUUCGUUCCUCGACCAGACUUUUAUGGCGAGGCCUCCCUGGCCCUCAAGGCCUGGGACCAGACGAGCGGCGCCCCGUGGGCGCCAGGGGCCGACACCAGAUACAGCAGCAAUGGUGCAUUCAGCUUGAAUCAAGUGCAUAUCGUCGCGACAGUGUUGUCUGUCAACGACGCGCCCGUGGUACAACUGCAGGGUGCGCUCGGGGUCAACAACAGUGCUGCCUUUGUGGAGGAGGCCGGUGCCGUGUCGGUGGUCAAUGCGUCGGCACUAUCACUGACAGACGUUGAUCACUACCAACUGCAAUUUGUGGACGUGACACUGCAGAACCCGAUGGAUGGCGCGGCCGAGCAGUUGCUGGUGGACGAGGGCGUGCCUGGCUUGCUCGUGACGGAGACACGGAACGCGAGCAUGGUACAUCUGCGUUUGCAGGUGGGCAACAACGCGUCAGACGCCUCACACCCGCCUGAUUAUGCGAAUCUGGCACAGCGAGAUGAUCAAAUGGUAGCACUGGAGACGGCGCUGCGAUCGCUGCAGUACAAUAACACGGCGUUGGAGCCGACCCUGGCAGAGCGAGUCUUGAUGGUGACUGCGUUUGAUGGAACUGCUUGGAGCACACCGGCCUGGAUCGUGGUCACGGUUGAGCCAGUGAAUGACAAUGUACCCGUAUUGGUGAUGGGUGAUGCACCGGCGGCUUACGUGGAGAACCAAGGGCCUGUGACAUUGGUGAACGGGACGGCGUUUGCGUUGCACGACGCGGAUCACAAUGACGUGUUUAUGCUUGAGGCGGCUUCUGUGGCGUUGACAGCAGGUGCCGUGGAUGGCGCAGCAGAGACGUUGAGCGUUGUGUCCCAGGGCAACGUGGAGGCGAUGUACAAUGCCAGCACGCGUGAGCUGGUGUUGAGUGGCGCGGACAGCGUCUCGACGUAUGCGGCAGUGCUGGCGAGUUUGACAUACAAUCAUACCGGCGCAGAGCCCACGCCCGGCGUGCGUGAGGUGACGGCGUCUGUGUUUGACGGGGUGUUUGCAUCAAGCCCGGCGGUGUUUUCGCUGGUGGUGGAGGUCAUCAACGACCGACGGCCGGCGGUAUUGUUGAGCGGUGUCGCGCUGGAUGCGGCGGCAACAUUUGUGGAGGAGCAAGAGACGUUUACGAGUUUGGCUGCGUCUGCGACGGUGACAGAUGCGGACAGUGGUGCGUUGAAAUUGGUUGAGCUGCGUGCGCGGAUCGAGGAUGGCCUGGACGGGGCGCUGGAGGAGUUGCGCGUGGCCGACGGUGGUGCCCUGUACUCGGUGGCGUAUAAUGCGACUGGUUACGAGCUUGUCGUUCGGGGAGAGCUGAGCGUGAGCGAGAUGGAGGGCGUGUUGCGGUCGCUGUCGUACAUUAAUCGGGCAGACGAGCCCUCGGGAGCGGCUGUGAAUUCGCUGGGCGCCGAUGGGGCAGCCUCACGCAGUGUUGUGGUGACGGUGGACGAUGGCGCACACGUCAGUGUGCCGGCCCGCGUGAACCUCACCAUUGACAUGGUCAACGACCUUCCCGUCUUGGAUGCCAAUGGGCCCAUGCCUGGCGUUGACCAUCUCAUCGUGUUUGUCGAGGAAUCUGCAGCGCUUUCGCUGUUAUCGUCUGAUGCCUGGCUGUACGAUGCUGAUGACAGUCUUCUUGCUGAUGUCACCAUUGCCGCAACUGGACUGGGUGACCUUCCCAUGGAAUACCUCAAUCUUUCAACGAGUGGAACAAUCAUUUCGGCGUUUAACAACGGCAGUUUCGUUCGUCUUGAAGGACCAGCCCCGCUGGCUGACUUUGAUGCGGUGCUUCGCAGCGUCACGUACUUUAACGGGGUUGUCGACCCCUUGCUCCCGUCGGCAGGCGCUCGCGUCUUCGAGAUCACAGUCAACGAUGGACAAGGCACUGCGGUCACUAGUGUGGAGGUGGAGUUUGUACGUAUCAACAACCCACCCCGUCUCGACCUGAAUGGUCUGCUCGUGGGUUUUGAUAACGCUGUUGCCUUUAUAGAGGAGGGUGCGCCCGUCCUCCUCGCCCCAAGCGCCAAUCUUAGUGACAGUGACAACGCCACACUCAGCUGGCUGCAGCUGUCCAUUGUGGACUCCCCCGACAUGGGUGCUGAGCUCCUCAGUGCUUCGCCUCCCUCUGGCCUGACCGCAGUGUGGGACCCGUCAUUGGCGCGGUUGACCGUUUCUGGUACCGGCACGGUAGCCGACUAUCUGCAAGCGUUGCGGGGCACGGCAUUUGUCAAUUCUCAAGACGAGCCUGCUGCACCCUUUUCGAGGGUCAUUGAAGUGCGCGUAUCGGAUGGCCUGGCCGUCUCGGUUGCACGCACUGUGGCUCUUGAGAUCGUGAUGAUCAAUGAUCCUCCUCGCCUGCUGAAUGCUAGUGCAUCAGUGGACUACAUCGAGGACGGUGCCCCCGUGCUCUUGUUUGACCAGGAACUGAUUUUGGAAGAUGAUGAUGACACUGCCAUGCAACUCGCGCUCAUCACAAUCGAAAACGUUCUGGAUACGGGCGACGAGCAUCUCGUGCUACUCGGUGCUCACCCAGCCGUCCAGACAUUCAUGACAAACGCCUCCGCGCAAUUGACGAUUGCUAUGAUUGCACCAGCAUCAGCCUACGCUGCAGCACUCAAGGCAGUGGCCUACGUCAAUUCAGAUCAGGCUCCUUCGUCAGCGAGCCCACGAAACGUCAGCCUUGUCGUGACUGAUGUCCAGGGCGGGCGCAGCAAUCGCAUCGAGUCAACAGUCUACGUCACGCGCGUCAAUGACGCACCUACGUUAAAGGCGUUGACGUUUGUUUUACCCAUGCUUUCAGAGGACGUGUCAUCUUCUGACAAUACCGGCCUAGCUCUGGCUGCUGAAGUGUGUCCAGAUAUCGACGACGUCGAUGACAAUGCUCUCUGUGGUGUGAGUAUUGUUGCUGCCGACAACAUGCACGGUCAGUGGCAGUACAAGAUGCCAAACGGCACGUGGGCUGGGGUGGGUGAUCCAGACGGUGGACAUGCUUUGCUUCUACCCUCGGCGGCUUUCGUUCGCUUCGUGCCACACCAGCAUUACCAUGGCUCAGCGUCAAUCAACUUUAGAGCCUGGGACCAGACGACAGGAGUUGCAUACACCACAGCAAAUGUAUCGGCUGCGCCACAUGACGGCACAGGUGCUUUCAGCUCACAUAUUGCUUCAGCACAAGUCGUGGUGCAGUCCGUAAACGAUCGACCUUUCUUCUUGGCGAGUGCUGCGCGCAACCUGUCCGACAUUUAUGAAGAUAUCGCUGAAGAGUUCAACCAAGGUGAUUUGCUUGCAGAUAUGCUGCUUUCGGCAUGGUCAGAUGAUGACUUGCUGUUACAUCAGAAUCAGCAGUUGACGGAUCAGUCCGUGCCGGGCAUGCUCGUCGUGAAUGCCGAUAAGAAUUUAGGUACCUGGGAGUUCAAACAGCAAGGCAUUUGGGAGUCUCUUAUGGGUGCCACGCCGGCCGCCGCCAUUGCUCUCGCCUUGGCAAAUAACACAACGGUUCGCUUGGUGCCGUAUGCCAACGCGUACGGCACCGCUUGCUUGCAGGUACUCCCUUGGGAUCAGACGGACAAUGCCGCGCCCGGAUCGGCCAUCGACACGCGCACCCCGCAGACAGACGCUGCUUUUGGUAACGACACUCUAUCGGUGUGCAUCACCAUUCAGCCUGUCAACGACCGGCCUGUCUUGCUGGCUUGCCCGCAACCUCUUGCCGUACUCGAGGACGCCGAUGCCGCACUGAACGUCGGUGUGUCGAUAAAUCAUCUGGUUGCUGAGACGUGGGAUAAUGACACGGCCUCAGCAUCUGGCGUCGCCUUGUUCAAUGUCAGCGUUGAUCACCUCGGUACCCUCGAGUACUCGACUGAUAAUGGGUCUUCGUGGCAGGCCUUGCCUCACUUGACCAUGGGCGAGGCUUUCCUUUUACCGGCUAACAACGAAACUCGAGUGCGAAUGAACCCGGGUCUAAAUCUUUAUGGUGAAGGCCGUUUCCAUUUUCGCGCUUGGGAUCAGACUCAGGGUACAUCUGCUCAAGUCGGGUUCAUUAACCUCAGUGCAACACCCACCUUCGUCCCAGCUUUUUCGUUGGAAUAUUGCUCCGUGCCCGUCCACGUUCUUGAGGUGAAUGAUGAGCCGCUCAUGCAGGAAGGCACGGUCACACUGCCGGCAUUCCCAGAAGACGGCCAAGGCGAUUUCAGUCACCUCUUGGCCAGCGUUGUUGGCAACCGUACGCAUGACGUCGAUGACAACACGACACUUGGGAUUGCUGUUGUCGCAGUCGAUGCUCACAAUGGAGCCUGGCAAUAUUCCUUGGGAGGCAUGUGGAAGAUUAUCUCAGAUCUACGCAACGAAACAUCUGCCUUGCUGUUGCCAUUGAACGCCAAGGUCCGCUUUGUUCCUCGACCAGACUUUUAUGGCGAUGCCUCCCUGGCCCUCAAGGCCUGGGACCAGCGUGGUUCAGGCACGGUUGAAGACAGCAAUGUAGACACAACCUUUGUUCAGCAUGGGUACUUUAGCCAGGAUCAAACAGUCCUCACGCAGCCAGUGUUGUCUGUCAACGACGCGCCCGUGGUACAACUGCAGGGUGCGCUCGGGGUCAACAACAGUGCUGCCUUUGUGGAGGAGGCCGGUGCCGUGUCGGUGGUCAAUGCGUCGGCACUAUCACUGACAGACGUUGAUCACUACCAACUGCAAUUUGUGGACGUGACACUGCAGAACCCGAUGGAUGGCGCGGCCGAGCAGUUGCUGGUGGACGAGGGCGUGCCUGGCUUGCUCGUGACGGAGACACGGAACGCGAGCAUGGUACAUCUGCGUUUGCAGGUGGGCAACAACGCGUCAGACGCCUCACACCCGCCUGAUUAUGCGAAUCUGGCACAGCGAGAUGAUCAAAUGGUAGCACUGGAGACGGCGCUGCGAUCGCUGCAGUACAAUAACACGGCGUUGGAGCCGACCCUGGCAGAGCGAGUCUUGAUGGUGACUGCGUUUGAUGGAACUGCUUGGAGCACACCGGCCUGGAUCGUGGUCACGGUUGAGCCAGUGAAUGACAAUGUACCCGUAUUGGUGAUGGGUGAUGCACCGGCGGCUUACGUGGAGAACCAAGGGCCUGUGACAUUGGUGAACGGGACGGCGUUUGCGUUGCACGACGCGGAUCACAAUGACGUGUUUAUGCUUGAGGCGGCUUCUGUGGCGUUGACAGCAGGUGCCGUGGAUGGCGCAGCAGAGACGUUGAGCGUUGUGUCCCAGGGCAACGUGGAGGCGAUGUACAAUGCCAGCACGCGUGAGCUGGUGUUGAGUGGCGCGGACAGCGUCUCGACGUAUGCGGCAGUGCUGGCGAGUUUGACAUACAAUCAUACCGGCGCAGAGCCCACGCCCGGCGUGCGUGAGGUGACGGCGUCUGUGUUUGACGGGGUGUUUGCAUCAAGCCCGGCGGUGUUUUCGCUGGUGGUGGAGGUCAUCAACGACCGACGGCCGGCGGUAUUGUUGAGCGGUGUCGCGCUGGAUGCGGCGGCAACAUUUGUGGAGGAGCAAGAGACGUUUACGAGUUUGGCUGCGUCUGCGACGGUGACAGAUGCGGACAGUGGUGCGUUGAAAUUGGUUGAGCUGCGUGCGCGGAUCGAGGAUGGCCUGGACGGGGCGCUGGAGGAGUUGCGCGUGGCCGACGGUGGUGCCCUGUACUCGGUGGCGUAUAAUGCGACUGGUUACGAGCUUGUCGUUCGGGGAGAGCUGAGCGUGAGCGAGAUGGAGGGCGUGUUGCGGUCGCUGUCGUACAUUAAUCGGGCAGACGAGCCCUCGGGAGCGGCUGUGAAUUCGCUGGGCGCCGAUGGGGCAGCCUCACGCAGUGUUGUGGUGACGGUGGACGAUGGCGCACACGUCAGUGUGCCGGCCCGCGUGAACCUCACCAUUGACAUGGUCAACGACCUACCGUUUUUUGAUGCCGACCCAAGCUCGCCGAACUUCAACGCUGCCUGGCGUUACGUGGAAGGCGACGGGGAGCGUCCCAUCUUCAUGACUGGCGCCGCCUUUUUUGAUAUUGACGACUCCUUGCUCGAGAGCGCUUGGCUUCGUUUGCUCGACGCGACAGAUGGCUUGGCCGAACGCAUUGAGAUCGGUCCCUUGUCCUCAAAUAUCACAGUCAUUGCGGACGCACACUCCAUCGUUCUCUCAGGCCCAGCCACAUUGCUCGAGUUUUCCCAAGCCCUCUCCUCUGCUACAUACAUCAAUACUCUUGCUCUGCCUGGGCGACCUCGUGUCAACACGCGCACAGUCGAGGUUGCGGCCUUUGAUGCGCAAGGAAACAGCACGACGACUUCCGUCUCAAUCGUCUUCAGUCCUGUGAACGACCCUGCCCAAUUGGAUCUCAACGGUUUGUCGGCAGGUGUCAACCACUCCGUUUUGUUUUCGGAGGAAGGCGGCGCUGUGCCACUGGUUGCAGCCUCUGCUUCGCUGGUUGACAUUGACAACACGACGCAGGAAUGGGCUGAGGUAUCGUUGCUCAAUCCCAUGGAUGGUAUGGAAGAGCGGCUGCAGGUUGUUAAUUUUAGUUCUCCUGCCAUAUCUUUCAAUACAUCCCUGAAUGGGCACGUGGUACGCUUUUACGGCACUGGAAACGUCACCGAGUAUCUAGCCGCGCUGCAGAGCGUGCACUACAUAAAUGAACUCGAUGAACCUUCUUUUGCUGAUCGGAUGGUGCGUUUCGUUGUGUCUGAUCGCGAGGCGAGCAGCAUCCCACGCACGACGACCAUUUCUAUCGUACCACGCAAUGAUCCUCCCUUUAUCGACCUCCACCAUGAUGCAAGCGUUGCGCUGCCGUCUUACUCGGUCGACGACCAUCUGCCAACAGCGUCCUUUAUUGCCAACUUUUCGGAGAACAGUGCGGGUGUGCAUAUUGCUGGUCAUGUCGAAGUGGGCGACGACGACUCGGAAGACGCGACGAUGACCUUGGUUGUGGAGCUGCUGAAUCCCAUGGAUGGAGCGAACGAGUCACUUUACGUGGCUGGCGCACCACCUGCUCUCUUCACCGGCAACAAUAGCCAUACCCUCAUGGUCGCCGUUGAGACGGGUUUCUCAGCGGUGCAAACACUCUUAACCAACACGUUUUACGUAAACACGGACAAGAGCCCAAGUGUUGUGCAGCGGCGCGUUCGUGUGACCGUGCGCACUCGCGGCGAUUUGGUGGCCACCUCUCAACCGACUUUGAUAAACAUGUUGCCAGUAAAUGACCCUCCACAGCUUGUUGAUGCCGCCCGGCACCUCGUCUUUGCUGAUGUGCCCGAAGAUCAUGUCACCAAUCUGGGCACUUCCAUGCUUGAGGCGCUUGUACAUCACCCUUUUACCGACCCGGAUGAGUCCACAGUGCAAGGGCUUGCCUUCGUUGCUCUGCCCGCUAUCAACGGCGCGUGGGAGUAUCAGCUGAGUGGAGCUGGUGCAUGGAUCACCAUCGUUGACGUGGUGUCGGAGAGCUCGGCCUUGUUGCUUGCAGGCAACGACCGCCUCCGCUUUGCUCCCAACACCGAUUAUUAUGGUGAGGUUGAGGUCCGCGCGCGAGGUUGGGAUCAAACAGCCAGUGCCAGCGGGGUGCGGUUAAAUGCGUCCGAAUUGACCUACGGUUCUUCUGCUUCAGUUUCUUUGAAUUCUGCGGUGGGUGUCUUGACCGUGACACCAGUCAAUGAUGCACCUAAGCUCCUGUGUGUCGAUCCCACUCUGACGAUGCUUGAGGACUCUGUGCAAGUGCUGCCCAGCAUUGUCCUGUCAGAUGUGGACGCCAGCAAUCAAGAGCUUCAGCUUACCAUUGAGCCUAGCUUGGGCACUGUUCACCUCGAUGGUGUUAUUUCUGAUUCCCUUGUACUCGUGGCUAACUUGAGCGCCCUCAAUCUUGCUCUUAGCCGCGUGCAGUACAUGCCUUCGACAAAUUUUGAGGGCUAUGCCAAUCUAAGUGUCGUGGCAAGCGACCUUGGUCAUUUUGGUGCCGGCGGACCGCUGACAACGAGGUUGAACAUCAACAUGACGGUUGUGGCCGUCAACGAUGCACCUGUGUUGCGGGAUGCGGCGACCGUCAUGGAGGGUACAGAUGAAUUGAACCCAGUGGUGCCACAUGUGUUGAACCUGUCCCUCAUGGAUCUGGCAGCCCGGUUUGUGGAUGUGGACACCGGCCUGUCCCCACCUGGUCUUGGCAUUGUGGGUGGCACCACAUCGCAGGGCGUGUGGGAGCUGUACAACGACACCAGCGGUGCCUGGGGCAUUGUGGAUCUGGACACCUCGCCUCUCUUGCUUUUGAUCGACACCAGUACCUCGCUCCGGUACCGCCCUAAAGCUUAUUCGUUUGGCCAAGAUGAGCUGACCCUCGUGGGCUGGGACCAAUCCACCUUGGUUGCUGGCAGGCAGUCUAUUUUACCAACAGGUCCAGCUCUUACAGCGCUAAGUGCGGCGAACCUGACACUUGUGGUCAUGAUUGAACCUGUCAACAAUCCACCGAGUGUCAAUCUCAGCAGCGUUGCCAUCAGUGUUGGUGAGGACCGCCAAGCACCAUUGCCAGUUGCAGUGGUAUUCGACAUUGACGCAGAUGUUAGCGGUGGAGUUGAGCUACUCGUUGAAGCUGAAGGUGGGCGCUUAGUCCAUAAUGCCACCGCAGUGGCUGCUAGCUUCCUUUUGCGGGGCAACACCAGCGUCGUUUCAGCUCAGGCGUCAGGCCUCUCCUUUAUGCCCUCGCCGAACUACCAUGGUGUUGCACGCAUUUGGUACAACGUGAGCGAUCUGGGGCACUUUGGUCGCGGCGGAACUUUAGUCGACAGUGCUGAGUUGACGAUAACGGUUACACCCAACAAUGAUGCUCCAAGCGUAGCCAGCGCAUCUGGCGUGUUGAAUGACAUCAUCGAGGACGUACGCGAGGCUGCCAACUUUGGCACGUCUGUGUCAGACCUCGUGUUGGGUGCCGCAGACAUUGAUGGGGACGAUCUCGGUCUUGCGCUCGUGAAUCAUCACUCAGUGCACGGUUCAUGGCAGUUUUCCAAUGGUAGCAUCGGCGCAGCUUGGGAGACGGUUCCCAUUGUUGCCGGUAAUGCGGUCUUCUUACUGCCCUCGAGCGCGCGACUGCGUUUUGUGCCCGUGAGCGAUUUCAAUAGUGCAGUGACGAGUACAGCUCUAAUUUGGGAUGGUCACUCGGGCAGCGCAUUUGCGCAAGCGUCUGUCCCUGCAAGCUUUGAUGAGGAGGGUACCUUCAGCAACGACUACCUCAAUUUGACUGUGAUGGUGAUUCCCGUGAACGAUGCACCCGUGGCCAACUCGAUUCGAAACGGGGUGCGUCAAGCUUGCCUUGAGGGGUCCUCUGGUUGCAUUGUCUUUGACGAUGCGACCGUAUCGGACAUUGACAGCGAGCGCGCUCUCGGCUUGGACCUGAGAUUGAGUGGGGUGCGCGACUGGCACGAUGAGGCGCUUCGAUUGACUGCUGUGCCCGCUGGCCUGAACGUGGGCAUCUCAGUGUCAACGAACGGCUCCGCAUAUGAGAUGCAGAUCCGACCGACGCCAGGGCAGACGGCGCCAUCCUUUGAGCAACUUUCAGCGUUGCUUCAGGCCGUGACAUACGUCAACACCAAGGACGAGCCAACGCGCGGCGAUCGCCUCAUCGAGUGCUGGGCCUUUGAUAGCGCCGGCGUCCCGUCAGCAUCCAUCUUCACCACGUUCGGCCUCAGCAUGAUAAACGAUCACGCACCCAUCUUGGACACGGUCGUAGCCAAUGCCACUUUUGUGGAGGAGGGCGCGGCCGUAUGGCCCUGGGCUGUGGUCAUGCUUAAUGACGCUGAUCAUGGUGACGAGUUCAAUAUGACCAACGGCACGGUGGCACUCACUUCGCCUGGUGACGGAAUUCAUGACCGUCUUAGCGCCUCGGCGCUGCCCGCGGGCCUCACAUCUUCGUACGAUCUGAUUGCGCGUCGGCUCACAAUCGUCGGAUCAGCAUCCACGUCUGCUUACGGCGAAGCUUUAAAGGGUGUGCAGUAUUGGUCAACGGCGACUGAAAACGAUCUCGCGGCACGCAGCCUUGAGAUGUGGGUGCAUGACGGUCUGCACAAGAGUAAUGUCGUCACAGCUGUGGUCACCAUCACUCCCGUCACAGAUUCACCUCCAAGCUUUGUUGGAAGCACUUUGUCCGAUGUUUUUGUGGAGAAUGGUGCAGCCGCCGCCCUUGCACCCAGCGCCUCGCUUGCCGACGCCGACUCGGACGGCUCUCAUCUCGAGGGUUUGACUGUCGCCUUUGAGGAUCCUGUAGACUUGGUUGCCUGGACGGUUCCCCCGCUACCCGCGCUCGUCACACAGGAAUUGCGCGAAGGGCGCCUCGAGUUUUCGGGUCGCGCGACCCUGGCCGAGUACACAAAUAUCUUGACAGGUUUGCGCUUUGCCAAUGUGGCUGUGCAGCCAGCCCUGCCAUAUGAGCGGCGCUUCAACGUGACCAUUUCGGAUGGAACUCUCGCGUCGACAGCCACGUUCAUCAUGGCCAUUGAGCCUCGCAACGACGCGCCACAUCUGGAUCUGAGUGGCAACAGUACCUCCAGUGAUAACUUUCACGUUUUGUAUCGUGAGGGCAGCGGUAACGUGUCUGUGAUCGACCCCUCAGCGCACGUGACGGAUCUGGACAACGCAACGCUUGAGUGGAUUGAGGUGGCGCUUUCGGCACCGGAUGCAGCAAGCGAGCACGUGUACGCUACUGCCGUAGGCCAUGCCAUGACGCUUGUACACAUCAACACCACGGCGCUACGUUUGCAGGGUCCCGCAAGCGUCCUCAACUUUUCAGAAGCCCUGCGGUCCUUGACCUACGAACAUCGGGACGCUAAUCCUGGCAAUCCCGACCUCAGGAACCGGGUCAUUUGGAUCGUAGCUCACGAUGGGAUCGAUGCGUCGGCUGCAGCCAAGGUAACCAUCCACUUUGGCGCUGUGAACGAUCCUCCUGAGGUUGACCUCACUUCUCCCGGUGAGGCGUCAUGCCAAGUUGUCUUCGUGGAGGAAGGGCCUGCGAUCCCGGUGGCCUGUCUGGGUGCUACUCUGCAUGAUAUUGACAACACCAGCUUGGCUGGGCUUGAAAUCGAGUUGAUGCAUGCAGCAGGUACAGAAACACUACAGGCAGUAGUUGAUGGCAUGGUACAGGCCAGUGAGGACGGCGUGCUUGCGCUCACAGGCUCACGCAGCUUGGAUGCUUACCAAACUUUGCUGCGCAACGUGACUUACCAAGACCGUGCCGACGAGCCCGAGCAUGCGUCACGCACAGUACGUGUGCGGGCCUUUGACGGCCUGGCUUGGGGUCCUACAGCUGAGACCACAGUACUGAUCAGCCCCGUGAACGAUCCUCCGCGUCUUGUGCUCCACGCGGCCGAGUCGGCUGCAAAUCGCUCAACUGUGUUUGUUGAGGGCACAACGGGCGCCGCCCUUGUCGAUGCGAGCGGCGCACAUCUCGAAGAUGACGAUGACUCCUUGUUCUUUGUCGUGCAUGCUGAAAUUAUGAACGCAGCCGAUGGCAGCGCUGAGCGAUUGGUCUGGGCUGGCGACGACGAAGCCACCAUGGCUGGUUCAAAUCGAUCUAGCGUGCUCCAGGUUGCCGUGAGUGGCGGUAAUGCACUCAACCAAAGCCAAGCUCUGGCUCUGUUGCACCAAAUGCGCUACAUCAAUCUAGAUCCGGACAUGACGGUUGGGUGGACGCGCACAGUCGCAGUUUGGGUGCAGGAUGCGGGUGCAACGGGGCCUGCUCAACGUAGCAAUGCAUGCUACGUGGCCAUUGAUGUUGUGCCCGUUAAUAACCCUCCCACGGUCUCCACUCACGCAAGCAUCAGCUUCACUGAGGGCUCUGCGCCCGUUCCUGUGGAUCCCAUGCUCACCCUUGAGGACCUGGACGGCGACACGAUCACCGUUGCCGAAGCGCGCAUCAGUGACGUGCAUGAUUUCGGAGACGUUGCGCCGUAUGAGGUCCUGUCCGUGGAUACUGGGUUGACGCAGGGCGCUGGGUUGGUCGUCGACUUUGAUCCGAUAGGAGAGCUACGCAUCACGGGCGCCGCAUCUGUUGCAACAUACCAGACCGUGCUGCGCACGCUGGCUUACGUGAAUCUAGACCAAGACCCCAGCAGCGCUGCGCGGACAAUCGAUAUUUACGUAGCCGACUUGUCGGACAACGGCCCAGCUGCAGUUGUGCAGCUCACAGUCUUGCCCGUCAAUGACGCACCUGUCGUUGCGGUCACCGGCAGUGCUGUUUACGUUGAAGGGGCCCAUGCUUCGACCAUCUUUGACACUGUGGUUGUAACCGACCCAGAGCGUGAUCACUUGGUCAACGCCACGGUGCAGUUGAUACCCGCACCAGAUGCUGCGCUUGAGACACUGUCCGUGGAGAUUGAGUCUCCCAUUCCAGCCCUUUCCAUCGGGACUCGGCACCUUGGUCUCAACUCCUCCAUUACAACGGCAUGCGAGCAUGAGACCGCGUACCUGUGUAGCCAAGAUACCAUCACCCUCUCUUCUACUCCCGGUGACGCCUCUGGUGCCGCUUUGACCCGUCUGACCAUAUCCGUCGAUCUUUCUCACGAGCAUGUGGGUGAUCUGCAAGUGUAUCUCUAUCAUGCUGGUACCACGGCAUUGCUGAUGGACCGUCUGGCCAGCUCCAACCGCGCGCGAGGAUCCUGUGAACUGGGCAAUCUGACUCUUGUAUUCUCCGAUGAUGCCAGCACACCUGUCGUUGAAGCUUGUGCUCUUGGCAACCAAGGGCUGGUGCGCCCAGCCACUUCGUUGCUCGAAAGCUUUGCUGGUCUUCCCCGCGACGGUGAAUGGACCAUCAUCGUGGUGGACACGUAUGCAAUGUUCCGCUUUGGUCAGCUCAAGAGCUGGGCUAUUGUCACCGAAACUGACGCGCGCCAAACGGCCCUGGCUGAGGUGUCAAGUGUCGUGGCGGUGGGAGAGACACUCAGCGCGCCCGUUGAGGUUCCGUAUACGGGCCGCAUCGUCGACCUUGACGUGGUUCUCUACGGCCAGGUCAGCGCUACCUUUGAAUCCGCCACCAUUGAGCUGAUUAGUCCAGCCGGAACAACCGUUCGUCUUCUUCGCCAGGCCGGCGUGCGUUGUGCCCUCGAGGGCGCAUCGUUCCUCGUGUUUGAUGACCAGGCCGACAGUCCUGUCACCAUUAAUGCUGUGUGCACCAACCCCGAGGGCAUGACUUUCCAAGCUGGAGACCGACUGCGUGCCUUCAACAACUCGUGGAUGUUCGGAACCUGGACGUUGCGAGUAUCCCAGGUCGUGGGCGGCCCCCUCACGCUACACGCUGUGGCUCUCAAAGCCGCAACACGGCCCAACAUUGCAUCCUUCUACAACACCGACACGGCCACAUUGACAUUGCGCGGCGCUGACAGCAGCGCUGCAUACGCGAUGGUGCUCAGCACUGUUCGGUAUCUCAACACCGCUACACGACCCAAUGGCAUCAACCGCACCGUUGUCGUCGCUGUGGCCGAUGCAAAUGUCGGUCCUCCGUCCAGCGUCCCCCUGCUGGUGCACAUCAGCCCUGCUGUGAAUUCACAUCCUCCCAACACCAACGGCUCAGUCGACUAUGUCGAGCAAGCGGGCGCCAUCGCCCUGAUGCCCAGCGCUGCGGUUGCGUUUGACAACUUGUUCUCGUUGACAAAUCUCUCCGCCUCUCUGGUCGAUCCUGAAAGUGAUGACCGACUAGUAAUUGCAGACGAAGCGCUGUCUUUGGCCCUGCUUUUGAAUCUCGACGUUGUGCAAACAAACCACGCGGUAGCGGUGUCGGGUGAGGCCACGGUGGCCGAGUACGUCUCGCUCUUGCAAGCGCUUUCCUUUGAUCACACAGGACGGGACCCGGCCCAAUCAGCACGCGUUGUAGCCGUGUGGCUGGGUGACUCGAGCCCCCGACGCGGCCCCACCAGUUUUGUCACUAUUGCCAUGACAACUAUCAACGAUGCCCCUUACUUCAGCGCCGCGCGAGAGCUCUCCACUUUUGUCGAACAAGGCCCACCUGUCGAACCGGGCAUUGGACUAAGCAUACUUGAUGAUGACGACCGCUACUUGCAACGCCUAACUGUGAGCGGUUUGGUGCCUGACGCCACCGAGCACCUCCGGGUGAACGUGGGGGGCUUGGCGGCCACAGUGGACGAACAGCUUGUAGUGGAACCCUGUGUGCCCGGCUCAACGUUUUGCUCCGUGAGCCUGGAUGUAAACCGCUUGACACUCACCGUAAGCGGCAAUUUGACGACAAGUGAGUUUACGGGGUUGCUGCGUGCCGUGCAAUACACGCAUGAUGCCGACGAGCCCACGCCAGGCGUACGCGCCUUUGACGUCGUGGCCUUUGACGGUCAGAUCAACGGAACUGGUUUGGAGCUUUUGGUCAACGUAACGCUGAUCAAUGAGCACGCUCCUGUCCUUGAUGAGGGAGCUUGUCAAUGCACUGCUUUGCAAUGCGACGUGCACCCUGGCUUCCUGCCGACACGGCCCUGGUGCUAUGUGGACGCACUACGCUGUGCCGACACGUUUGGUUUUGAGAACAAUCAACACUACUGCACGCCUCGGAUCUUCAAUGAGAGCGGCGCGCCACUCGUGCUGGUCCCCGAUGUGAUCCUCACCGAUGCUGAUGAGCAUCCCAGUUUCAUGAUGCACGAGGCCACGAUUACGCUCUCCCGAUCAACCGAGGCAAUGCUCGCUAAUGAUAACGAAGUUCUUUUGUUUGUGAACCUUCUGCCGCCCCAAUUAUCUUUCAAUUGGAAUGCUAGUAGUGCGCAGUUGCGUCUUUCUGGUCCCGGAUCAGUAGCAGAGUAUCAGCAAGUCCUUCGCACCGUGGCCUACCUGAAUUCCGAGGAUGAGCCGACCCCCGGUCCGCGACAGGUUUCAGUCCAGGUCUACGACGGUGCAGCUUGGUCCAACGGGCUGACUGUAGAGCUCAACAUAUCUCUCAUCAACGACCAGCAACCGGAGGUUUACUUUGGCUCCAAUGCCUCCUCCGUGGAGCUGGGCCCCAUGAUUGAGGAGGGCCCAGCAGUCAGUUUGGCCGAUAGCGGUGUGCGUGUUGUUGACGCCGAUUCGGGCAGCUUUCCUAUUCUGGGCGCCACGCUGGUGAUCACAAAUUGGUUUGAUGUUGAAGAAGAUCUUUUCCUAGACCCCACCGUCGCGACUGCUGCUGGGCUUGACUUGAUGUACAACGCUUCAAUGAAGCGAAUGGAGCUGGUGGGGCCCGCCGCGCCUGCUACUUACACCGAAGUCUUGGCGCAUGUUGCUUACCGCAAUUUUGCAAACGAGCCAUCCUCUCCCGAUCACACACGCCAUAUCGAGGUCGUGGUCCAGGACGCAGACUAUCAAAGCCGCUCGGCUGUGGCCUUUGUUCCUAUUGUGAUGAUGAACGACGCACCACGCGUUUUGCUGCACAACGGAACACAACACGCUAUUGCUGUGACCCGCAGCUACGCCGAAGGUGAUGCCGCUGCGGCCAUUGUCACUUCUGAAGCGCGCAUUGAAGACGACGAUGAUGCACGGCUUGUCACCAUGAGCAUAACGCUCGAUGACUUUGACGUCGGCGCUAACAGCGAGCAUCUCGAGUUUGGAUCAGACGUGGCCGCUGCGGCUCUGGACGCGGGCCUCAACUUGUCGUCCACGCUCAACGGCACUCGUCUCACGGCACAUGGCUUGGUGGACUUGACUGUUUAUCAAAACUUACUUCAGGGCUUGCAGUAUGUGAAUGCGGAUACGCGCAACCCAUCUCGUGGUGUACGUCGCGUAGUCAUUGUUGUUACGGACCCGGCGGGUAACGAAAGUGCCCCAGCGACAAUCUUUGUCAAAGUUAGUCCUGUGAACGAUGCGCCCUGGGUCGAUCUCAACGGCGAGGUGACGGGCACAGACACUGCUGUCACGUUUCUUGAGGAGGGGCCGCCUGUGGUGCUGGCAAUGCACGCCAAUGUCCUCGACGUGGACAACGAUACUUUGAGUGAGUUGACAGUCCAACUUAAUGUCAGACCUGACGGAGCCCUGGAAGGCCUCUCCGUAGGCAAUGCCCACGGUUUGAAUGUGACAAACACGACCCUGGGGCUCAUUGUGCAGGGACGAGCAAGCGUAGAGACAUAUGCUGCGGUCCUACAGUCGAUCAUGUAUUACAAUCUGGCUGAUGAGCCCAUCUCCACGCCUCGUGUGGCACGUGUGAGCAUCACAGAUGGCUUGGCUACGAGCCUCGUGCGCAGUGUUACGGUUUCCAUCGAAACUUUCAAUGAUGCGCCCAUCUUGACGCAGACGGGCCCGAGCAUGCUUAAUUACAUUGAAAACGCCGAGUCAGUAACUUUAUUCCCAGGCGUGUUCGUCUCGGACACGGACAGUGCCGUUCUUACGGAGCUGCGAGUGUGGCUAAGCAAUGUGCAAAACGAUGGUAGUGAAUCCGUCUUUUCCGACCCCUCCGCAGCUACGCGCUACACAGAGAGUGCAGUCAGCAAUGCGACAGCUCGUGUGUAUCUUCGAGGCACGGCCUUGGCCAAUUGGCAAGCCUUUUUGGCUCAGUUGCUGUACACCAACUUUGCAGAUGAGCCGGUGGCCUCGGAACUCCGAGCCGCUCACCUUUCCGUCGUCGACUCGGGCAAUGCUGUGAGUAACGUCGUGACUGUUUGGAUCAAUGUCACAGCGCGCAAUGACCCGCCUAUGCUCUCAGCUGGUACCGUGGUUGACAUGUCAACUCUUCUCGAGGACGAUACGGCUGCAGCUGGCGACACUAUUGCGCAGCUAUUCAUGGGCGUGACCAGUGAUCCGGACGCCAAUGCCCAGCUGGGUGCUGCCAUAGUAGCCGCGGACAAUGCACAUGGCGUUUGGCAGGUAUCCUUCAACACCAGUGGGUGGAUGUCGCUGCCGGAGCUUGUCGCCGGUGAUGCGUUUCUUCUCGGUGCUGCCGCGCGUGUCCGCUUUGUACCGCACCAAGACUUCACGGGAUGGGCCAGCUUUUCGGCACACGCUUGGGAUCGUACGGAUGAGCGCCACGUUGGUUCCUUGGCGCAAACGUCGGACCUGUUGGCACCCACGGGAUCUUUGAGCAGCAUGACGGCAGAGAUCCGCGUGCAUGUCUUGCCGGUCAAUGACGCACCCGUUCUUCAUCCGACCGCUCUGCUACCCUUGCCCGUGGUAGAGGAGGACGUGCCGCUGGUGGCCAAUUUGGGUGCAGCAGUUGGCGAGUUGCUCGGUCCUGCUGCAGUGGGCGACGUCGAUGCCAACGCCACCCACGGCCUUGUUGUAACGUCUUUGUCUGGUGCUGCGCAGAGUACCGGUGAGUGGCAGUGGCAGCGAGCCCGUGACGCGGGUCAAAACUGGUCAAGCGUUGUCGUUGGUUUGUACCUGAGCGAAAGCGCCCGCUUGCGUUUCCAACCUAGCCAAAACUUUUACGGCAAUGUCACGCUGGGCGUGCGGGCUUGGGAUCAAACCAUGGGCGUGGAGGGGGCAGUUGUCAACACGUCAGAUCUUUCAAUUGGCGGCACAGCUGCGCACUCCCUUGCAUGGGGUGAAGUGGUACAAUCAGUCCUUCCCGUCAACGACGCCCCUGUCUUGCGGUCCCCUCAGCCGUGGAAUCUGGCCGCGAUCUUGGAGGACGUGCACACCGAUGCAAACCUGGGCUUUGUAGUUGGUGAGAUGGCCGCUGCACGUUUUGCGGAUGCUGACAACCUUGACGUGCUGGGCGCGGUUGCGUUGCACGUCGACAACCGUCUAGGGAAUUGGCAAGUGCAAAGCACAGCCAACGGCUUGUGGACCGCGCUGUCAGCUGGCGACGCGUUGCGCCCCGAUGCUCGUGUCCGCUUUGCACCUGCUCUCAAUGCUCACGGUUCGGCGGAGCUGCAGGUGUUGGGCUGGGAUCAAAGUCGCACCCCCACACUGGGUGGCUCUUGGACCGCCAUGGACAGUACAUCGGUCGAGAACAUUAGCAUUGUUGCGACUGUUUUGGCCGUGAACGAUGCACCCGUCCUGCUUGACGACUUGAUGCUGGACUCGAUUGCGGAGGAUCUUCCAUCUAACGUGAAUCCCGGCCGCGCCGUGCGAGAGCUCGUCGUAAGCAGUAUCACGGAUGUGGACGGCGACACCUUGCUGGGACUGGCCGUCGUUGGCAGUGCCUGUACCACGGGCACUUGGCAGUAUCGCCUCAGCAAUCAGUCUGCUUGGACGCCAUUCUUCGGCAACGUCCUACCCAACGGUGCCUUCUAUCCCGCCGAUGCCACCCUUGAAGCAGCUACGCUAUUGGGCCCCGCUGCGUGGAUUCGUUUCGUGCCCCAUCAAGACUUUUUCGGUGCGGCAGCGCUCCGCGUUCGCGCGUGGGACAUGACAACAGGAUAUUCAGGUGCAUACGCUGUCAACGCUUCUGAGGCGUCGUCGGCCUUUUCUGUUGCCUUGGCCAACGUCACGGUCAUUGUGCAGCCGGUCAACGACCCACCCGUGCUGUCGGUUGGCGUCAGCAGCUCAACUAGCCUAUCUUAUGUCGAGAACGAUGGGCCCUUAUCUAUCGCACCCCACGCCGUGCUUCGGGAUGUCGAUGAUGCGGUCAUGGAAGUCAUUCACAUUGUGCUCGAAGGCAAUCUGGAUGGCUCCGAGGAAAACCUUAAAGCGGAUGCACACUCGGCGUCAGGGUUUGUCUGUACGGGUUUCGGGGGUGCAUCUGACCUCUAUUGCUCUGGUGCAGCCACUCUCUCGGCAGUUCAGGCUCUACUGCAAAGUGUGCAAUAUGAGCACCACGGCGUGGAACCCACUCCUGGCCGACGCAUCGUUGUGCUCGCUGUUUCGGACGGGUCUGCGGUGGUCAAUUUGACCGUGACAAUUGAUGUGGCGACCAUCAACGACGAGACGCCGCAAAUUUGGCCAUUACUGUUUGAGCACGAGCUGUCAGAAGGCUCUCCGGCCUUUGCACCCUUUGCCUCGGCCACCCUCACGGACUUGGACGACAAUGCCGUCUACCAGUUGGCCAGCCUAGAGUUUGAAGUCUUUCCCCUUUGGGACUCGGCGCAAAUCCAGCUCAACGGAUCCGUUGUUGUGCCAUCGCGGUAUGGUUUGGUCUCAGUGGACUCACCCAUGACCGUCGCCUCAGCUCAAGACCUGUUACGCUCUUUGACCAUCAUUGAUACCAACACGCAAUGGCAGCCCCGCAGCGUCAACGUGACGGCCGUGGCGUUUGACGGCUUACAUCGCUCAGUGCCCGCCGUGGCUGUUAUUCAGCUGCUGCCAGUCAAUGAUCAAGCACCCUCUGUAUUUUUGGCGGGGUCCGUGCUGGAGCAGAACGCUUCUUCCAACCCGUUUGUGGAGGAAGGCGCGGCGGUCGUUCUGGUACCCGAGGCUGUCAUACAGGACGAAGACACGGGUGAUUUUCCAAUCGUUGAGCUUGGCGUGCGCCUUCUCAACCCCGUGGAUGAGAGCGAAGAAGGACUGACGUUGGAUAUCGGCUUGGCGCAAGGCUUUGGCUUGGCCGUGGUUGCGGACGGACCCGUUCAUUCCAAUACGGGCACCGCCCAUGGAUGGCUCACAACGGGACCGGCCACCCCCGCCACAUACCAGGCAGUGCUGCGCACACUGCAGUACCGUCACGCAGGCGAGGAAAUGUCCGAGCCCAUGGAACGCCUCGUCGAAGUCUGGGUACGCGAUGAGGACUGGACCAGUUCUGUGUCGGUUGUACUUGUACCACUCCAGCCCAUUAACGAUGCGCCGUCCAUCACCUUUGCGGACCAAAACUACGUGCGCGUACUGGCGUACGUCGAGGGUGAUGGGCCCGUUGCCAUUGCAGAUGAAGGAACGGUCAUCACCGAUGCUGAUAAUCUGCGGUUGCAGAGCUUGUCCGUGCGUCUGGAUGCCCGUCCAGACGGUGAGGCCGAAUUUCUGUUCCUGGAAUCCACUCUGGCGAGUGCUGUUGGGGUGGAGGUUAACAAUUUGGGGAGUGAGGUGAUACUUUCAGGCCCCGCCACGCUGGCCGAAUAUGCAAGCCUCUUGCGUCAGGUCACGUAUGAGCACGGGGAUGCACAUCCAGGCAAUCCCAACUGGUCCGCCCGCCGCAUUGAAAUUACGGCCAUGGAUGAAAAUGGUGGCAUGAGUUUGGAGGCCGUUGUGCAUGUGAGCUUUGAGGCGGUGAAUGACGCGCCCAUUCUUGACUUGAACGGCCCUCAACGCGGCACCAACUUUUCGGUUGACUUUGUCGAGGAAGGGCCUUCCGUGGCGAUUGUGGCAGCAGAUUCCAUGACCUUGGUCGAUGUGGACAGCGAGCGUCUGACCUGGGUAGAAAUUGAGCUCAUGAACAUGCCCGAUGGUGAAGCCAUGGAGGCCGUUUACGUGGAUGCACCCCGCUCCCUGACUGUGCAGCGACAUGGCGCGCUCCUGCGUGUCGAAGGCAACACGUUUACCUCAGUGUAUCAAGACGUUCUUCGUACCGCCCGUUACGAAAAUCUGGCUGGCGAGCCAUCUGAGGAGACGCGCGUCAUUGAGGUCCGAGCAAGCGAUGGCGUGGCCGUGAGCGUACCUGCGCAAUCCAUGGUGCGUAUUGUUUUGGUCAACGACGCCCCCGUCUUGACCAAUGGAAUUGAUACCCUGACCGUAGCAGAGAAUAGUGAGAUGUUGUUGUUCAGCACUCUAGUGAUCAGCGACCCCGAUGACCUCUUCCUUCGCCGUGCCACCGUCGUCGUGACUAAUCCGCUGGACGGGCUACUGGAGAGCGUGCAGCUAGCCCCGGACGUUUCUCUUCCUUCGGGAUUGUCCUUGACGGUGCAACACGAACACUUGCUCGUGCUUGAGGCCACGACCGCCAACAUCACUGUUGACACCUGGCACCAGGUGCUUUCUCAGGUGCGAUUCGUUACUGACAGUGACAAACCCCAUCCCGAGGCGCGCGACAUCACGUUGCAGGUCGAGGAUAUCGCCAGUUCCUCCAGCAACCUGUUGCGCGUAGAUGUCUCGGUCCAACCCGUCAACGAUGCCCCUCAGCCACGCGCCUCCUACCCAUACGCACAUGGUGUCAUAAGUGUCCCGGAAGACGGCCUCCGCGUUUUGCCUAUCCUUGCUCAUCUGAUUGAUGCAGACGACGUACUGACGGCCGAGCAUGUUUCCAUCACAGCACCACCCUCGAACGGUCAAGCUUCCGUGCUUCCCGAUGGGUCCAUUCAGUACACCCCUCAUCCCGACUACUUUGGGUCGGAUGCCCUGGCUUUUGCAGUCUGCGCCCGCGACGUUUGCUUUGAUGAUUCCAUUGCUCUGAACGUAACAGCCAUCAACGACCCCGUAACCGCGAGUCCUGUCCAGCUCGUGUGCACCGAGGAUGACCAUGUUGCCGUUGAUCUUCAAAUGCACAUUUUUGAUGUUGAAGACAGUCCGUUGGCCCGUGUGCACGUUUGGGUAGACUCGCCUCAGCACGGACGUGUCUACUGGGCCGCAACCAAUCUCGGUGAGGGAGAAGAUGACGACGACGAGGAUGUGGCCAGUGGUAGCGGCAGCGGUGACGUUUCCAUGCUGGACAAUGACGAUGAAGGCAGUGGAGACAGCCUCUUCCCGGCGUCCACUUCGGUCCCGUCGGAUGAUCAGUAUGAUCUGACGCUAGUCUAUGUGCCCAGCCCCAACUAUGCGGGAACGGAUGGCUUCAAUUACACGGUCUGUGAUACGGACGGCGCCUGUGCCACGGCAACCAUCACAGUGGUGGUAGUAGGCGUGAAUGACGUGCCCGUUAGUACGAAUGCCACCAUUACGGUGGCUGAGGACGAUGAGGGGGCGUUGAAUGUCACUGGCCUCGUUUGGGACGUAGAAGAGCCAGCUUCAGCUCUGACUGCCAGCAUCGUACAAAACCCGACCCAUGGCACGGCCACCCUUUCUGGGCCCUGGCUAAUCUAUCUGCCAGCGGUCAACUUCUUUGGGACCGAUGUCAUCGUGCUUGAGUUUUGUGAUGCUCAAAUGGCAUGCUCGCGUGCACACGUGCUUGCAGCCGUGACCCCGGUCAACGACGCACCUGUCGCUCGCAAUGCUUCCCUGUGGGUGCGUGAGGACGAGCAGCUACAGAUCAAUCUACUUCAAUAUGUGGAGGACGUCGAAGACCAGUUGACAGGGGCGGCCGUGACCGUCGUUGAUGGUCCCGCCCACGGCGCACUUGCAUACACGGCAGCAACCGGCACAGCCAUGUACACCCCCGAAGCCAACUACCAUGGCCCGGAUAUGGUUGUGUUUGAGGUUUGUGACUCGAUGUCAGCAUGCCGCCUCGGGCACUUAGCCAUUAAUGUCACGAGUGUCAACGACGUGCCUCAAGUCAAUGAUACCUCCGUCCAGAUUAUUGAAGAUGGAGCUGCCACUGUGGCUCUGGCACCCCUGGUUUGGGAUCGCGAGUCAGGACUCGCGGCCAUCUCAUUCGGCGUUGCACAACCGCUGGCACACGGUCAGGCCACCAUCAACAUUGAAAACCAAUCUGUUUACCUCAUGCCCACAGCAGACUUUGCUGGCACCGAUGAGCUCAUCUUUGAGGCGUGCGACUCGCAUGGCGGGUGUGCCGUUGGUCGGAUCACGAUUGAAGUACUCCCAGUCAACGACGCGCCCGUGGCGCUCAACGCCAGUGUCAGCACCAACGAGGAUGAACCUUUCCUCUUCCUCACUCGCGACUACGUUGCGGACGUGGACAACACGGACGCUGAGCUAAUCGUGUCGAUUCAUACACGUAUGUUGGCCCACGGUCAGCUGGAGGUGGAUCAGCGCACGGGCAUCAUCACGUACACCCCCACGCCUAAUUUCUGGGGUGAGCAGUGGUUUACCUAUCAGGUCUGUGAUCCUGCUGGCCUGUGCGACUCUGCUUGGGUCAAUGUCACGGUGACGAGCGUGAAUGACGCCCCCGUUGUGACGUCGUAUGAAGGUCGUGUGCUUGCCGGGAGUGAUUUGAUCAUUGACGUGCUGUCCUUGACCGAGGACCGCGAUGAGCUUGCACCUUCAGACGCAGCACACGUGCGUGACACGGCGUCGGUGGGGCUUGUGCGGUCACCGACCCACAAUACCGCGGACGUUUUGCUUGUGGAUGAGCGCUGGGUUCUUGUAUAUCAUGCGCAGAAUGCAACCUCAGCAUCAGGCUUUUAUGGUACCGAAACAUUUGAAUUCCAAGUGUGCGACUUGGCCGGUGCAUGCGACAAUGCGACUGCCCUGGUGCAUGUCGACAUUCUUGGUCCGGCGAUCACAUCCGUGCUGAUCAGCGAUCCAGAUGACUCUGAUUUUGUCGCCUCGGUGGGUGACAUCAUCACAGUCACCUUUGCGGAACCCACGAGCAUGGUCGCAGGAACGGUGUGGAAUCACGCAGCCUUGCAAACCAAGCUAGAUUGGCCCGAAGCCUUCUGGGAGACGGCGGUCUACAGGGGUGUCUGGAACACCAAUCAGACGUUGCGCAUCGAGCUGGUGGAAUGUACGUUGUGCGAGCCGACGGUGGUUGCGACACAAACACCGAACGAUGUGGCAUUGGCGGUUCCACGUCGCCUCGAGCUACAGCUGCUUCCUGGUGCUGGUGUGCGCAAUGCAGCCAAUGACUCCUUGGCCAGCGUGGCCUUGGCUCCCUUCCAAGGAAACUGGGGCCGGGCCGUACCGGGUGUGAAGAACAUCAUCAUUGACUUUAGCAACGCCGUCACCGACGAGCCCGACCGCGCCUUCCCAACAGGCACUCGCAUUGUCAUUGUUUUUACGGGUCCUCUGAACCAGCCUUUGUGUGACGAAGUGCGCCAGGUGGUGAUCGAGGCCAUCAUGUCGUUCGGCGAAGGCGAGUCAUUGGGAGAGAUCAAGGGCAUGUGGGGCCAAUCCACGGGGGAUAAUUGCCCCGUUCUGGUCGCUGAUCAGGCGCGCCGCCGGCGCAGCUCCGCGGGCUCGCCAAACCAGUUGACCAUUGUGAUCGUGGACAGCGGCUCCCAGACGAUUCAAGACCAGCAGAGUCUGGCCGAUGCAUUGCAAAUAAGCAAUCAAGCUCUGGUGGAUGGACUCAUCAACGCAUAUCACAACCAGUCGCUUGCCAACCUCACGGACGGUCAGGACCCAAGCCGCAACCCCUUGACCGAGGGCUCCACCAGUGUGGGCCCGUUUGUGGUCUCCCUGAUUGCGGCCGAUCCAGAUAACCGUGAUGCCACGUACUCGAGCGGUGACACCAUCACGGUGGUCUUUUCAGACGCCGUGUCCCAGGUAGACGUAAGCACCAAGGCUGCGGUGGACAACGUGCUGCAAUUUGUGCAGGACAAUCAGGAAGUAUCACUGGGUGUGGCGUAUUACGGCGGCUGGGCGGCACAGGAUACCCUGGUCAUCACCUUGACGGAUGUGACGGAUGCAGCACCCACCCCCGCAGUAGGCGCACUACGCGUGCGCAUUCUGCCCAACCGCCUUUCUCUGGCCUCUGAGCCAAACAUCACCAACUCAGAGUUGGUGAGUCGAGAGGCUCUCACGGGAAAUUUCGGCCGCCCGCACCGGACAUCGAGCAUCAUCUACAUUAUUCCUAUCAUCUGCUUCAUGGCUGCGCUACUGUUUGCGCUUGUGGCACUCUUGAAGCAGAAGGCCACUUCGCGUCGAUCGACGCCCAAGAAGCAGCCGCUCGUGGACUUUGAAUUCAAGGCCCCGCCGGCGGCCGCUUCUAUGCGCGCCAAUCACGAUCCUUUCGCCAUGGUGGAAACGCGUCACCCAAGCGAGACCACAACGGUUGGGUACGACACGUUAGCCCCCGCAUCGGAGGUUAUGAGCACGCCUCGCGCGUCCGUUUUUGGGGACCCGCGGGGCUCAAUUGCUACCGAUGCCGCGCCCAUUGCAGCCAGCCUCCCACCACUGCGAUCACCAACCCAAAAAGUGGCUCGCACGGGAGCCCUGCCGCCGUUGAGCAUGCCUGCUGUGCGUCGAUCCACGCGCACGGCCGCACCCUUUCCUCAAUUGAAGCCCGUGUCUUUCAAGGGUGGCCCUCCCGGUGCAUCUCCAGACCCCUUCCGAGCGGCUGGACCGGGUUUUCAGCCCAAGCGGCCCUCGCUGCCCAGCAUGGGCAGCAUGCCCCCUCUGCGACCGGCCAUGAUGCCGCCCUUGGCGCGCGCACCUGCAACACCCCUGGGCUGCAUGGCUACGAGCGUCAACCUAUUUCUCUUGUUCUCUGUAUCCCUGUCUCUCUGUCUCUCUGUCUCUUUGUCUCUCUGUCUCUCUGUCUCUCUGUCUCUCCGUCACACACACACACACACUCUCUCUCUCUCUCUCUGUCACACACACACACACACACACACUCUCUCUCUCUCUCUCUCUCUCUCUCUCUCUCUCUCUCUGUCUCUCUCUCUCUCUCUCCGUCUGUCUCUCUCUCUCUGUCUCUGUCUCUCUCUCUCUCUCUCUCUCUCUCUCUCUCUCUCUCUCUCUCUCUCUCUCUCUCUCUCUCUGUGUCUCUCUCUGUCUCUGUCUCUCUCUCUCUCUCUCUCUCUCUCUCUCUGCCUUCGUCAAACCUGUCUUGUGUUCUUUCUUGUGCUGACGCCCCUGUGCUAUGCCAACUCUAUAGGGCCGGCGGCAUGCGCACCCACCCAAGCCCAAGAUUGCCUCGAUGCUUCGAGUCCUGCAAGAGGCCAGGUCGGCACUCGAGUCACAAUUGCCGGCGAGCGACUGCACGGCGAGAAAUAUGGCGCCGCAGUUGAGAGUGUGCUUUUAGCUGGAGUGCCUGCCACCAUCGUUACCGACACUGAUAGUGAGGUGGUUGUAAUUGCUGGCGACGGGGCCGGUGAUAUGCAAGGUGAUGUUGUGCUCGUGGCCGACUCAGGUGCCCAAGCCGUCAUGUCAAACAUCUGGCAAUAUUACCCGUCCGGCCGCGUGGAGAGUGCCACGCCGUCCAGUGGGACACAAGGAACUCGUUUGACGCUGCACGGUCAAGGCCUGUUGGGCGGCGGCACGUCACUGGCGUCCGCCACCCUCAAUGCGGUGCCAGCCGUCGUAAUGCAAGCGAAUGCCUCAUCUGUUGUGCUUCAAGUCCCGGCUUUCAACCACACAAGCACGCUCAAUGUGUCUUUGGUGGCCAACACUGGCGCUGUGAUCUCUCAAACAAACGUUUUUGAAUAUAAAGCGGACGCGACCGUCGCUGAUGUGACCCCGACUCGCGGUCAAAUAUAUACGCAGGUUGUUAUUCAGGGCACGAACUUGCUCUUGUAUGGCAGCGAGGUAACCUCCGUAUCGCUCGCCGGACACGAAGCCUUGAUUCUGUCGUUUACGAAUGAGAGAAUCGUGGUCACGCUUCCCAAUCACAACAACACGGUUGACCUCGAAGGCCCCAUACGCAUUAGCAAUGGGGCAGGCGCCUACUUGGAGGCUGAACAACGAUUCACCUUGCAGACCAAGGGUGUCAUCAGCAGCCUGACGCCGAGCAGUGGGCGGUGGGGCACGAUUGUGACAAUUGCGGGCAGCAACCUGCUGGCCGCGGAUGUGGCCCUGUCCUCGGUGUCCUUUGGUGGCCGCUUGGCCACAGUGCUCAAUGCCAGCGACGAGGUCGUCACCGUCACAGUGCCACAGGGCCCACAAGACGCCACCUUUGCCACUGUCGAACUGAAGGCAACCACGGGCGGUGCGGUAUCACUUACCGAUGGAUUCCGCUACCUGACGCCCGGUGAAGUGGACUCGGUUACCCCAAACUCGGGUCGCGAGGGCACCCUGGUGACGAUCCGGGGCCUCAACCUGUGUGGUGGUGGCAGUGCCAUCAGCGAUGUCACGCUUGCUGGCUUUGCGGCCGUGGUCAAUCCCUCAACCACAUGCAGUCAGAUUGUUGUGACGGUUCAAGACUACGGGGCUUUGAAAACGGGCCCCGUGGUUGUCCGCGCCAACACGGGCGCCCUGCUGCAGUCGGACCGCUCUGACACCAACUUUACGUACAUUGCGGAUGGCAGCGUCACAAGCGUCACGCCAAGCGCCGGCACCCAAGGAGAUCUCGUGACGAUUCGGGGCGAGCGCAUGCUGGGCGGUGGUAGCUCAGUUACUAGCCUAACGCUGGCCGGUCAACCAGUCGUGUCGGUUGUCUUUGCCAAUGAUAGCCUCAUCACGGCCUUUGUCGGUAGCGGCGCCGCUGCGCCCUUGGGCGUGGCCGACGUGGUCAUUCGCUCCAAUACGGGCACCACAGUUCGCGGCGUUGAGGCGUGGACCUAUGCCCGCAUCACCAAUGUGAGCCCCGCACAGGGUCAGGAGGGCACUCGUGUCACCAUUACGGGUGUCGCACUGGCGGCAGGCGGAAGCACCAUCACGGCCGUACGCUUUGGCGCAGCCGCCGCCAGCAUUGUGGAGCAAUCAAAUGCUAGUCAGGUGAUUGUGCGUGCACCCAAUGCGAUUGCCGGUGAUGUGGCCAUUGUUUUGACCAGCGACUCGGGCCAAACGCUCACCCUCAACCCGGGGUUUGAGUACUUGGCGCGCGGCGCGAUUGACAACGUGGUCCCAGCUCAGGGCAUGUACAAGACGCGCAUCACGGUCACGGGUAGCCGGCUCCUUGGCAAUGGGGUGACUCUGGCUGGCAUGACCGUGGUCGGGGUCCCUGUACUGAGCAUCCUCGAGGCAAGCAACACGCGCGUGGUAGCCAUUGUGAAUGCCAGCGCGUCGGCGCAGGGUGGUGACAUUGUUUUAACCAGCGACACGGGCGCCGUGGUGGACAUGACCACCGGCCAAGCCCAAAACACCCUGCCAGACGGUGAAUGGAAGUAUGUCCAGCCAGGCGUGAUCGACAGCGUAACCCCGGGCUUUGGCCAGCUGGGCACGCUCGUGACGCUGCAAGGCACUGGCCUGCGCGGCGGUAGCACCGGCGCCGUUGUCAGCGUGGCGCUCCACGGCGUGGCUGGAACGCUUGAAUCGGAAAGCGACACGUCUGUGGUGGUUGUGGCUGGGAACGGCGAUGCGGCCUUGGGCCAGGGCGACGUUGUGCUGACGGGUGCUGAUGGCGCUGAGAUUACCCUGGCUGGCGGCUUUACGUACCGAGAACAAGGCCAAGUUGCGACAGUGACGCCGCGUUCCGGGCAAGAGGGUACGCGGGUGACCAUCCGUGGCACCAACCUCCUGGCACACGGUACCAGCUUGAGCAGCGUGACUCUGGGUGGCGUAUCGGGCACGAUUGAGAGCCAGAGCAAUGAAACGGUGGUGGUUGUGGCCGGGCCCGGCGUUGUGACUGGCAACGGAACGGUGGAACUGGUGGCCGCCUCAGGGGGCAUUGUAACCCUGACGACCGGCUUUGAGUAUCUGCCUGCCAGCAACGUGACCGCCGUGGCACCGGCCACGGUCCAUGCCGGUGUGUUAGUUACAAUCAGCGGCCAGCGUUUGCUGGGCGGUGGUGCCUCGAUUGCCAGUGUUCACCUGGCAGGCGUUGCUGUCGCGACAAUUGAAAGCGGCGGCGACAGCGAGAUUGUGGUGCAUGCUGGCGCCUCUGCAACGGCCUUGGCGGCUGGUGAUGUUGAAAUCGUUGCCGAUACGGGUGCCGUUGCCCUGCUGGCAGAUGUUGUAGCGUAUGCAGCGCCGGCCGAAGUCGAGCGUUUGGAACCGGCCACGGGACGUCGUGGCACGCGAGUCACGGUGUUUGGCCAGAAUCUGCUGAUGGCCGGCACGAGCGUGGCAAACGCUUGGCUGGGAAGUGAUGCAGUGUCGGUGCGCUUCAACAAUGACAGCGUUGUUGUUUUGGAGGUGGGCCCAGCCGUGGGUGGGCCCGUGGGCACGCCCGUGGCCGUUCGUCUCGAGGCUGACAAUGGUGGUGCCACCACCUCUGCCGCUCCGCUCUGGACUCCCUACCCCCCGGGCUCCAUCACCGCCGCUUUUCCGUCCUCGGGCUCGGGUGGCACCGUUGUCAACAUCUCUACCAAUAAUCUGCUUGCCGGCGGCGCUUCACUGGUGCACGCCUCAAUUGCGGGUGAGGAAGCCGAGAUCAUUGAUGGUGUGCAUGAGGGCUUUGCUGUAGUGCUUGUGCCAUUUGUCUCCGCGGUGUCCGGUCCAAUCCGGCUUGAAGCCGACAACGGCGCGUACGUGAGCAGCGUGUUCAAUUUCACCGUCCUGACACCAAUUCAGCUUUCCGCAGUGGAACCGAUCUUGGGCUAUGUGGGCACAAGAGUGCUCAUAUCUGGGAAGUUUUACUUUUUGCAAACGGACGUUCAGGAACUGUACUUGGCGAACGCCGCUGCAGAAGUCUUAUCCGUCAAUGCGACCCAUCUGAACGCACGAAUCAUCAGCGCGGGUUAUGCGCCCGGGGCGGGUCCAAUUCGAGUUGUGCUCAAGUCGGGUGCAUACGCAUCUUCAGCCCCGCAAUUGAAUUGGACCGGCACCUCCGUUCCAGUCUUUUCUGGUAGCAAUGUGACCCAAGCCACGUGGGGGACAUUCAUGUCCCUCGUCGGCUCUGACCUUCAUCUCGGCAGUCAGCUUGCUGAGGUGUUCCUGGGGGGUCAACCCGUCCUUAACCUUGCUGGAAGCAAUGAAAGUCUCGACUUUCGAGCUCCCAAGAAUAUGGUGGCGGGCAUGGUCGACGUGGAGCUGAGAGCCUUAUCGGGAGCAUAUCACGUGUUCAGCAAUGUAACCAUGUCGGUUGCUCCCGGCGCCAUUGAGGACAUUGCGCCUGCAGUUGGGCAGAAAGGCACAAUUGUCACCUUGACGGGCAAGCGCCUCCUCGGCUUUUCCGAGACGUUCGGAGCGGCCUGGCUGGCGAACCGCCCUGCUAAUGUCAUUUUUGCCAACGCGUCCACUGUUAUGCUUCGCACUCCAGAUGAGCCGGUGUCCAGUGAUGUAGCCCUUCUUCAAGCUUCCGAUGGCUCUUUUGCUGAGUCUACCGUCACCUUUGAAUUACGCACCGCCGGUGCAAUUAGUCAAAUUAGUCCGCUCGUUGCUGGGCCUGGUGCGACGGUUUACAUUGUGGGUACCAAUCUGCUCGGAUACGCAUCCGCCCUGCACCGCGUUCUCUUGGCGGGUCAAAAAGCGGACAUAUUGUAUGAGAGCGACAACCUGGUGCGCGUGGCCGUCCCGAGCGGCUAUGGGUCAGGCCAGGUGCUCAUUGAGGCGAUGUCAGGCGCUACCAUCUUUUCCACAAGCAACUUUUCUUUUGUUGGCAACGCAACAUUGAGUUCUGUGGAGCCAGCGGUUGGUCAACAGGGCAUGUUGAUCACGCUUCGUGGUGAAGGGUUUUUGCAAGGCGCCGCUGUUUUAUCGAGCGUUCAGUUCGGUGAUUAUCAAACGCGCAUCGUCUUCUACAAUGACUCCGCUGUCCUUGUGCGCCUGUUUGAUGGACCAACCUCGCCCUCGACCGUUGACGUGGCUUUGGUCGCGCAGUCUGGCGCGACGACUGUGUUUGAGGCGGCAUUCUCGUUUAUUGCACCCGUAGAUAUCGAUGCCGUCACGCCUGCGUCAGGUCAGCAGGGCACUCUUGUCACCAUUCGUGGUGCUCAGCUUCUGGCGGGAACCGGCGAUUCUGCUACAAUUGCAUCUGUUACUCUUGCUGGUGUGCCAGCCGAAGUGCUGCACGCAAGUGAUCUGUCGCUUGUGGUACGCGCUGGUGCCUUGUCUGUUGCAAUCACCGGCGAUGUUGUCCUCUCCUUAGCAAUUGGCGCCGAGGCUCGCCAGUCAGGUGCCUUUUCGUACGUACCUCUGCCCAAUGUGACGAGCGUUCACCCUGCAACUGUGCAGCGAGGCACGUUGGUCACACUUGUUGGUACACGCCUGCUGCUCGGUGCGCAAGAGAUCAUCUCGGCCACUUUGGCGAAUCAGUCGGCUGAAGUUGUCUCGUCGAGUUCCUCGCAUGUAGUGCUGCGAGCUCCCAAUGGCACUGGCGCUGGCUUUGUGUCAUACACCGUCGAUUCUGGUGCAUUUUACAGCCCGAUGCAACCCAUCACCUUUGCCGCGGAAACACGCAUUCUGAGCGUGAGUCCAGCGAGUGGGAUGUAUGGCACACGGGUGACACUGGCCGGCGUAGGCUUGUUCCAAGGGGGUAGCGUUCAGGCCGUUUUGGUGGCUGGGGUAGGCGCGAUUGUGCUGACAGCCAACGCAUCCCAUCUUGUGGUGGAGUUGGUCAAUACCAUGCCAGCCAGUGCUCCUAUCCAGCUAUUGGGCUCGACCGGCGCCGAAACGUGGUCCGAAACCAACCUGACAGUCUUGACAACGCCCCUGGUGACCACCGUGAGCCCCGCUCGGGCACAGCAGGGUACACGAGUCACCUUGCAAGGCAGUAACUUGCUGGGUGGAGGAAACACGAUCAGGGAGGUUCUAUUGAACGGUGGAAGCACAUGGACGGUGGAAUCUCUUGCCGCUACCAAUGACGCGGUGAUAUUCGCAUUUCCAGCUGGCGUCACAGCAGCCACCAUCGCCGUGACGCUUGUGGCCGACACAGGCGCUCGCAUGGACAGCAUUGCCAGUCUGACUGCGCUCGGUGAUGGUGCCGUAUCCACGUUUUUGCCGGUGCGCGGCGUGGAAGGCACCGUGGUGACCGUGGUCGGUACGGGUCUACGAGCUGCGGCACCUGAAGGUGCGACCUUAUCGGCAUCGGUCGCUGGCACGGCUGCUCAUGUGCUCUUUAGCAAUGACACCAUGGUCGUCCUGGUACUGGGAGACGCUGGGAUUGCAACGACUGGCCCCAUUGUACUCAAAGCCAAUACGUCUGGCACGAUUGUGUCCUUGACCAAUUUUACCUACAUGCCACCAAGUCGCAUCGAUACUGUCACGCCCGCCAGUGGCCAGGAGGGUACAUACGUAACUAUCACAGGCAGCAGCCUGCAGGGUGGUGCCAAUCUGAGUCAAGUUGUCAUUGGCAACGUAACGGCCAGCAUCAUGAGUGAGAGUGCACAUCUGGUGGUGGUCCGGCUAGGCUAUGCCGCAGACAUGAUUGGUGAUGCCACAAUCAGCUUGUCCAGUUUGACGGGAUCCGCUAUUCAAGCCAGCGGUGUCUUUUCUUAUCUGAGCCGACCCACGAUUGCAGUCGCCCCAACGAGUGGUAACCAAGGCACUCGAGUCACGCUGAUGGGUCAAAGCUUGCUGCUGGGAGCUGACGACAUUGAGCGCGUGUUAUUGGGAGGCCUUGAAGUCAGCAAUAUUACAGAAACGUCAGACACGCGCGUGGUAGUGCUUGCUCCCUAUCGCGCUUUGGCCAUGAACAAUGCUUCGCUCCGCGUUGAACUCACGUCCGGCGCCUUUUACGAGCUUGCUGGCGCAUGGUCCUUUGUCGAUCACCCCACCGUGUCCAACGUGGCCCCGCGUCGAUGCAAUCGUGGCUGCCGUGUGACAUUGACAGGCACACAUCUGCUAGCCGGUGCAGCCGACCUGUCAUAUGUCAACGUGGGCGGUCAUGUGGCCGUGCCAGAGUCGGCAUCGCAGACGACAAUCGUGUUCCGGGUCCCUGUGCAGGACGUGCAAGAAAACGUCACGCUCCGUCUCUCGGCGCCCACGGGUGCUUGGUAUGAUGUCGCCGAGGCUUUCAGCUGGGGUUCGACGCCUAGCAUAGCCCCACUGGUGCCAUCAUCGGGGCAAGUUGGCACCCGCAUCGCUGUGCAGGGAAUCAGCAUGCUGGGCAUCGCAGGAACAAGGUUUGCACGCAUAUCGCUUGGGCAGACAAACGUCACUCCCACCUUUGCCAAUGCAACGUCCAUCGUGUUUUCUGCCCUCUCGCACCCCGCUGGCAGCGCAAUGCUCGAACUUGAAGCGGACAGCGGUGAGCUCGUGUCGCUCACAGACGCCUUCAACUUUACACCAGCCAGCCAGAUUCACCGUGUGGUACCAGCGUCGGGCCAGGCGGGGACUCUUGUCACUGUAUCUGGCUCUCGUCUUCUGGGUGCCGGCCAUCGUGUGGCAGCGGUUGUGCUAGAUGGUAUGCCGGCUCAACUCGUCUCUUCGGACGUCAAUGCUACGUUUCUGAUCGUGGAGGUCCAAGCUCGAACGGACGGCAACGUCAGCAGGCCAGCUGGCAAUGUCGAGGUCAUCAGUGAUACGGGUGCCACGGCGGUCUUUGUGGCCGGUUUCAAGUAUCGCACCCCGAGCGCGAUUACACAGGUGCAGCCACUGCAAGGUACCGAGGGGACCAUUGUGUCUCUGUUUGGUACAGGUCUCUUGGCAAACGCGUCCGGCUCGCCCACCGUGGAGCUUGCUGGCUUGACCGCCGGCGUGCUGACCUUUAAUGACACCGUCGUUCGUGUCCAGCUUCCCCGCCAUGAAGGGCCGGAGCUGGUCGGUUCGGUGGUGCUGCGUGCUGCAGAUGGCUCGCGCGCUGUCUUCAAUGACAACUUCACACUUGCCAUUCUGCCCAACGUGACAAGUGUUCAACCAGGUUUGGGCCAACACGGCACCAAGGUGACUCUCACUGGCACAAACCUGCGUGCCUACGGCGCGGACGUGGAAGCAGUGACUUUUGGUGGAAUCAUGGGUGAGCUGCUGUUGGCCAAUGACAGCUUUGUUGUUGCCCGUGCGCCAAAGCGCGCCGUCUCCGUGGAUACGGAGGUGGAGGUGGUAUUGCAGAGCACAUCGGGCGCUGUGGUUCGUACCAGUUGGAUCUAUCGCCGUGCCGGCGUUGUCGUUGGAACCGACAGCCAGGUGGUUAGCCCGGGAGCCAUCGUCACUGUCAGUGGUCUCGAUCUCUGUGGGCACGGCACCCGCGUAUCCCAAGUACGUCUGGCAGGGCAAGAGUUUGAGCCUUUGGCCGGUGCCUCGUGCAAUCAGGUGCGAUUCACCAUGCCCGUUGGCAUGAACCACACCGAAGCCAUCAAUGCCACGUUUGAGCUGGAAGCCGAUACUGGUGCUCUUGUGAACAGUGAUGAAGUUUAUCUCACCAUCCUUCCCGAGGGUCGCAUCGAUCGCGUGGAGCCCGAGGCCGGCGUCCGAGGCCAGAUUGUCACCCUCUAUGGCGCUUUCUUGCCAAGCGAUGGUGUGGCGCUUGAUGUCUCGAUCGCAGGAGCAGCGACACGCGUAUUGUCUAGCAAUUCAACCUUUGUGCGAGUGGAGAUCCUAGAUCAGGGCACUGGUACCGGCAACGUGGUGGUCUCGGCCUCGAGCGGAGCCGUAGUGGAAGCCACGUCUGCAUUUUCAUUCGCCGUCAUGUCUACUAUUACUCCCGCGUCGGGCCGCCAUGGCACCCGUGUCACUGUCAAUGGCGAGCACUUACUCCGAGAUGGCAAUUUGAGUGCCGUGUACUUGUGCGGCGCUGAGGCUAUCCUAGAGUCGGCCACCGACGAAACUGUAAUCUUUACCGCACCUGCCCCCCCGACUGCGAUUAAUCCACCGGCCCUUUGCACUCUGCAGCUUCGUGCUGGCUACACUCUGGUGGAUUUGACGCGUUCAGAUGCCUUUACCGUAUUGCAGCCGGCAACUUUAACGAGUAUGGCGCACAGCGAUCGCUUCCACAAUGGCGUCAACACGACUCUGGUGGGAGAGCGUUUGUUGGGCGGCGGCAGCGCCGUAGCAGAGCUUUGGCUUCAAGGCAAUGUCCGCGUGGCGGUGCUUGACACGGGUUCGGACAGCGCUCUGUCCUUCCAAGUUCCAGCAGGUCUUGUCGCGGGCAGUGGAGAUGUGACCAUCGUCGCUGACACUGGGGCAAUCAGUACUUUUACGGGAGCUUUUACGGCCGCACCGCAAGCCAACAUCAAUAGCCUUAGUCGCAUUAAUGGCACAAAUGGCACCGUAGUGAGCCUCUUUGGCACAGAUCUGCUCAUGGGUGAUACAGUGGUGCGCGUCGAGGUGGCAGGUGUGGAAGCAGAAAUCCUGGCGCAGUCCGCUGCAAACGUGACUUUCCGCGUGGCAGGCGCACUCGCAAUCCAAGGCGAUGUCUUUGUGCAGGCCUCGACGGGUGCCUUUGUGGAGCUGCUGAACGGCUGGAGCUACGGCACGCCAGCAGUCAUAACGGCCAUCGUCCCCAACCGAGGGUUUACCAACAACACCGUCACGGUCCACGGCGAAAAUUUGCUUGCACAUGGCGAGGCUGUGGUCAGGGCCACCCUGGCAGGCGUCCCCGCCGCAAUCCUGACCUACAACAACACCCAGGUUGUACUGCGUGCCGGUCAGCCGAUGGAUCCGUUUGCCGAAAUCAGCGGGCGCGUGAUUUUACACUCCAACAGCGGAGCACAUGUGACGCUCGGAGGCGCUGCCUUUACUUACCGCCAGGCUGGACAGAUUAUUGCAGCGACUCCAGCUCGGGUGCGAGCGGGCACGCGCUUGACGAUCACAGGCCAAGAGCUCCUGGGUGGUGGAGCUUUGCUCUCACUGGACAUUGGUGGUGUGGCCUGGACAGACAUCAACCUUGCCAACGACAGUGUCAUUGUUGCUCGAGCGCCCAUCACCAUGGCCGGUGUGGAGCCAGGCCCCGUGGCCAUCACCAUCGAAGCCACGUCAGGAUCACGCGUCCACGUUUUGAAUGCCACGACUGUUGUUCCGCCUGGAGCUAUCAUCAGCAUGCACCCUGCACGCUUAGCCACAGGUACAAUCGUGACUCUGCAGGGCACGCAAUUGUUGGGCGGUGGCUCGACUGUAUCCCACUUGCUAUUGGCGGGCGUCAACGCCUCGGCGGUGCUACAGGCCAAUGAUACUGUUAUCACGGCUGUGGCGGGACCUCGCACUCAAGAGGCAGCCAGCGUUUCCCUAUUCAUGGAAAGCGACACGGGCGCGCAAUUGCACGCCAACCUCACGGACGGGGCAUACGUGGUACCCACGAUAUCAAGCAUCUCGCCACGCGUUGUGCAAGUGAACACAAUCCUGUCGAUUAGUGGCCGGGCUCUCCUUGCUGGCGGCACCGAAGUUGUAGACCUGCAGCUUGGUGCGCUAUCCAUUGAGCCAACUUUUGCAAACGACACAUUCAUGCUGCUGUCUUUGCCGGAAGCGGCAGUUGACGCCGUCAACAGUGCGACUCUGCGUGUGACAGUCAACACGGGUGGCAGCUGGGAGCGCUCUGACGCUGUUGACAUCCAAUUACCGGGCGAGAUCUCAAGCGUGCAACCUACUCGUGGUGCGACGUCCACUGUCGUGACCCUCACCGGCUCUCGCUUGCUGGGCUCCAGCGCUCUGCCUCUGCGGGAGGUAUUGUUUGGAGACGUUGCGGCACAGGUGCUGUCAGCCUCAUCAACCACCGUGGUGGUGCGCCUUGUUGGACUCAUUACGACGCCCAGCAAUGUUACCGUCACACUCAUCUCAGAGAGCGGUGCAACCGUGCACUCGGCCAGCAAUUCCUUCGAGCUGUUGCUGGCCCCCGAUAUCACUGUUGUGCAGCCGAGCGUCGCCUCGUACGGCACUCGCGUCACUCUCCAAGGCACCAACUUGCUUGCGGGUAGCGCAAGCAAUCCCAGUACUGCCUCAUUAGCAGGGGUUCCUGCUGAUAUUCAAAGCUACACGGACGAAGCGAUUGUGCUCGUUGUUCGUGGAGGCGUCGGUUCCAACGUGUCGCUCAACAUGACCUUGCCAAACGGGGCUUUGCUGGCGCGUCCGGCUCUGCCGCUGACGCUUCUGCCUCGUCCCCUUGUGCAAACCGUGACGCCAUCAAGUGGCCGCAUCGGCACGCGUGUGACCCUGCUGGGCCAUGGCCUGACUGGUGGUUCGGGCGCCGUCGCUCGCGCAGCACUGGCUGGCGUGGACGCAGCCAUUGAAUUUGCGAACGACACUAUGCUUAUCCUGAUUGCUAACAAUGAGGAGGAUGCCGCUUCAACAAGCGUUUUGGUGGAAGGAGCAACCGGCAGUCUCAGCGAGGGCGGAAGCUUCACCUGGGUGGCAUCGGAAGUGGAAACAGUGCUGCCCGCACAGGGUACACGAGGCACUCUUGUGCGCAUCUAUGGCCGUCGUCUGUUGGGUGGUGCCACGAGUGUACGAGUAUUCUUCGAGAAUACCGAAGCUACAAUCGUACCCCCUGCUUUUGACUUGUUUAUUGAGGUCGCAACGCCUCUGACCAUGGUGGAAGGCGCUGCCAACAUUACUAUCUUGGGUGACACGGGCGCCAGGGUCCGUGUCGUGAAUGCCUUCAACUUUUUACCGCCUGCUGACAUAACCAAUGUCGCGCCUACUUCUGGCCAAGCCGGCACGCGAGUAACCAUCUCUGGCACAGCACUUCUAGGUGGAGGAACGAGUUUGUCGUCGGUGACUGUGGCCGGAGUCGGCGCAGAUGUGCUGUCAGCCAAUGACACCCAAGUCGUUGUGUCAGCCAACUCGGGUCAGCAUGGAACGACGGGUAGCGUCACUCUGCGCGCCAACACAGGAGCCUUUGUGGAGUCGGUACAGACCUAUACAUACACAAUUGCGGGGCAAAUUGACAGCAUCGUACCAAGCAGUGGCAUGUAUGGCACGCUUGUCACCCUCCGUGGUCGCUUCCUGUUUGCGCACAGCUCUGGGUUGGUGCACGCUUCAUUGAAUGAUGUCGAGGCCGAGAUUGUCAACGCAAGCAGGACAGUUGUCGUCCUACGUGCUGCCGUUGGCGUUCCGGGCGUGGGUGAUGUUGUGCUGACGACGGAAAGUGGGGCUGCUGUGAUGAUUCCGCUUGCCUUCAGCUACGUGCCAGUACCCAUCGUGGCAUCAGUGACACCUCGCUACGGCGUACAAGGCACACGCGUGACUCUCACGGGCUCUCAUCUAUUGGGUGGAGCCUCGUCUUUGGCAUUGGUGCGCGCCGCGGGCGUUCUUGCGGAGCAAAUCUUGAGUGCAAGCAACACGAAGAUUGUGCUUGCGCUGGCUGCAGCCGCCCCGAGCUCGGGUGUGAUUGAGAUUGCAGCGAGCUCGGGUGCCAAGUACAACUCUUCACAGAUUGUUGAAUACUUAACAGCCCCGGUGAUCGAUGCCGUCAACCCGAGUGAGGGUCAGCAAGGCACCACGGUUACCAUCACAGGCACUCAUCUGCUGGGUUAUGGCCUCAACCUAACCCAGGUGAGCCUGGCAGGCGUAUCCGUGGAAAGCGUUGCACUCCAGAACGAUACUCACGUUAUUGUACAAGCCGGGCAUGCGGUGGAGGCCGCCCAGGGUGACGUGGUUCUCACUGCUGACUCGGGAGCGCGCACAGCGCUGUCUAAUGGCUUCACGUAUCACCCUCGCGGAGCCAUUCUGCAAGUGUCGCCCUCAACAACCUACUUGGGCAGCCGUGUCGUACUCACGGGUACAAAUUUAACAGCGCAUGGGACCAGUGUAGCCCAUGCGUAUGUGGGGUCUGCUGAGGCAGAGGUGCUGCCCGGCAGCAACGCAUCGACGGUGGUUAUUCGAUUGCCGCUGAGUGGUGUGUCUGCUGGGCCACAAACCCUGGUACUUCUAAAUGAACACGGUGGCCGUGUUGAGCUGGCGGCAGGCCUAGUCUUGGCUCCCACUCCCACCGUUGAACGGAUCUUCCCUGCCGUGGCGCAAGAAGGUACUUACGUGACGAUCUCGGGUCGCGACCUAGGCCUCGGUGUUGGGGCGUUGAAUACCUUGAGCGUGAAUAACGUCAGCGCUUCGAACAUCCUUGGCCAGAACGCAACGCAAGUGGUAUUCCGCCUAGGACCAAGCCCCGCCGGCGCAGCCAGUUUAGUAUUAUCAACCGCCGAGGGUGGCACGUAUGCUUACUCGGCCACAUCAGCAGAGCUGGACAUUCUCGAGCCUGCGCAGGUGACGGCCAUCUCGCCCGAUCGUGGUCAAGAGGGCAGCUACGUCACCAUCGCAGGGCACAACUUGCUACUCAACACGUCGGUGAUUGAUGUCACCUUGGCCAACGUAAGCGCUGUCAUUGUGCGUGCAAGCUCGACGGAACUUGUUGUGCGUGCUGGCCUGGGGGCGGCAGGUCGAGGUGACGUUGUGCUGCGCGGCGCCUCUGGCGCCUUUGUUCGCGCCGAUGGCUUUGAGUACGCCUCGGUGGCUAUAAUCACUGCUGUCUCACCCUCGUACGGGCGACGCGGCACCUGGGUCACAAUUACUGGCUCUGGUCUCCUAGCUGGGGGAGCCUCUAUCGCCGAUGUGCAGCUGGGCAACGUCUCGGCAACGGCCAUCCGCCCAGCAUCCAAUGAUACGCAUGUCGUGGUGCGCGCCGCGGAUCAAGAGCCUGCUGCCAACCUUUCAGUGGUGGUGGUUGCAGAUUCGGGCGCCAUCAGCAAGGCGGUGGGUGUAUGGACACAAGACACGCGUGGCACGAUCACAACAAUCACGCCGAGCAGUUGCCAGUCACACACUCGCGUUACUCUUACUGGUGACAACUUGCUGGGAAGUGUUGCCCUCGAUGCACAUUUGUUGCAGCUUGAGGUAGCGGGAUCCCCAGCUCUGAUUGCUGCGGCGAACAAUACCGUCGUGGUAUUUGCCUGCCCAGAGCUGUCCGCAAAUGUAACAGUCGCGGCUGAUAUUGCGCUUUUGUCAUCGACUGGGGCGCUGCUCGCUGUGCCAGCCCUUUUGACGGUUUUGCCCACCGGCAUCAUCGACUUGGUGCACCCGAACAGCGGCACAUAUGGCACCACGGUCCGAAUCUACGGCCAGCGCCUAUUGACGGGGGCGGCCGUUGAGGCCGUCUUACUGGCUGGCGUGGCCAGCGAGGUCUUGACCGCCAGCGACGAUGAGAUUGUGGUUCGCGUUCUCGGGACGCCUAGUGCGCUGUCGGGCUCUGUGCGCGUGCAAGGCACACAGGGGGGAGAAAUCGAAAGCGGAGUGGCAGCCUUCACCUACGUGGUCCCGCCCAUCGUGACAGCUGUUGACCCCCCUGUGGUUCAGGCAACAACUGUAGUCACGCUGACGGGUACGGGCCUCUUGGCCGGCUCCACUGGAAUGCCUCAAGUUGAAGUAGGCGGCGCGCCCGCCUUGUCCGUUGAGGCUUACAGCGACGCCAGCAUCGUUUUCGUGGCACCAGAUCACGCCGCGGGCAGCACCUUGCCUGUUCAUGUGACCGCGUCCAGCAACGCCACGUAUGCCUUGGUCAAUCUGACAUACGCUGAGCGCAUGCGAAUCGAUGCCGUCAUUCCUGAUGUGGGUAUGGAAGGCGCUCUCGUGACCAUCCGGGGCCAGCAUUUGCUGCAGGGUUCGGAAGCCAUUGCCAGUGCAGCGCUGGCCAGCGUUGCGGUCGAUAUUGUGCAGGCAGCGGACAGUGCAGUCGUGGUACGAUUGCCCGCCGCCGGCCCGGCUGUUGGCAGUGUGCGCCUCGAGCUAGCCAGUGGCGCCUCCCAGACAGGCGCCAACUUUACCAUCGGCCCCGCUCCGACCAUUGAGAGCGUCACGCCUGCGUCCGGUAGUGCGGGAACACGAGUUACACUGGCGGGGCAACACUUGGACUUGUACAGCAAUCUGUCAACAGUGCGCCUGGCGGGCGUGCCCAGCACAGAGAUCAUCAUGGCCAACGACACGCUCUUGGUUGUGCGAGCCGGUGCGGCGGCAAGCGCUCGAAACGCUACCGUGCGCCUUGAGGCCACCUCGGGUGCCCACUUUGAGGGCGCGCGCUUCGCCUUUGUUACACCCCCCGUCAUCUCCUUGUUGCAACCCGCCGCGGGUACAACCGGUACCGAGGUGAACGUCAUCGGGUCUGGUCUUCGUGCGGGUGGCAACGCAAUUGUUUCAGCCACCAUUGCCGGAGUGCCCGCGACUAUCAUCGAUGGAAGCAACGACUUUUCAGUCACGCUCAAGGCCCAGGCGGCGACGGCCAGGAAUGGUGUCAUCGUCUUGGUGGCGGACACAGGUGCAACGGUUGCGAGUGGUCAGAGCUGGACCUACCUACCUCCCGCCGUCAUUUCGAGUGUGUUUCCCGCUGCUGGCGCAGCCAGCACGGUCAUCACCAUUUAUGGUCAGCAUCUGUUGCAGGGCAGCUCCAACCCAUUGACGCUAACGGUGGCCGGCGCAACUGCAGACGUUACUUUCCAGAAUGACACGGUAGUCGUUGCGACCACGGCCCGAUGCGGUAGCUCCUGCUCCCGUGCAGGCCCGCUUGUUCUUGCUGCGCGGUCCGGGGCUACAGUCUCCAGCAACUUUAGCUGGGUGUACGGUGAGAUUACGGCCGUAAACCCGACCUCUGGGCAGCUGGGCACCCUGGUGACACUGGACGGUCGCAGCCUCUAUCUUGACGGCACCCAAGUGACCAACGUACGCCUGGCUGGCGUGAACGUCGAGAGCAUCGUCUCACAGUCGGACAUGCGGGUCGUCGUACGAGCAGCGGCCGGCGUAGCAACCGGUGCCGCGGCUGAUGUGGUGAUUGAAGUGGACUCAGGCUCGAUGACGGCCUUGAGCCAGGCAUGGACCUAUGCGCCAUCAUCCAUCAUUACGGACGUGGUCCCAUUGACAGGUCAGCUGGACACGCGCGUCACGGUCACCGGCCAGCGACUUUUUGGGCAGGGGUCCUCGUUGGUCGCGGCUCUCUUCAACAACGUCUCAAUGCCAAUUGAGGCUCAGUCCUCAACCCAAGUGGUGGUGCGCAUUCAAACGGCUACGGCGGGCAGCAGCCUCCCGAUUACGCUGAUUAGCAACACGGGGGCCCGCUCAGAGUAUACCGGCUGGACACAGUUGGAGGAUGGCGCCAUUGAGCACAUUGAUCGAGAAUUUGGUCAGUUUGGCACGGUCGUCACCAUCCGAGGUCGUGGCCUUUUGGGUGGCUCUGCCGUCCGUUCUGUCACGCUGGUGGGAUUGGAAGUACAAGAGAUUCUGAGCGCCAAUAAUAGCAUGGUGAUCGUGGUAGCAGACAACCGCACCUCCAGUCAGGGCGAUGUCGUGAUCACGGCUGACACGGCUGCGAUCGAAUCAGAGAACAACACGCUCGUCGUGGUACGUGCCGGAGCGCGCCCGACGGCAGGUUCGGCCUUGAACGUCAAGAUCGAGGCCAACUCGGGCGCCACCAUUACAGCCCAUGGCAUUGUUGACUAUGGUGCGCCAGGCGAGAUUGAGGCUGUGAUUCCUGGCAGCGGUGUUCAAGGUACCCAGGUGGUGAUCGAAGGAAGGCACUUGCAGGCCCAUGCCGGGGCCAUCACGGCCGUGCUCUUGGCGGGCAUUGAGGCCACCUUGGUUGCUGCCAACGACACGAGCAUCCACGUCAUUGCCAACAGCCACAGCGUCGAUGGUUACGGUGACAUUAAAAUUGAGACGAGCACAGGUGCUUUUGUUCUGGGCACAGUCGGCACUGGCAUGGGCUUCCAAUAUCUCGAGGAGGCUCUGUAUCUCGACGCGUUCCCCCCACAGGGACGCACGGGCACUUUUGUCACCUUUUGUGGUGAUGAGACCAUUCUGGGUGGUGGCAGCCGCUUUGCAGAAGUCUACGUGGGAACUCGCAGUGUGAGCAUUGAGGCCUAUAACGCUACCUGUGUGCGCGUUCAGCUUUGA